GGGAUGGGAUGGGGGUCUGUUCUGGCUAAGAUUCAAUACCAGUGGUGUCUCUCUGAUUAUAGCUUAGGGUCAGGGUAAGUGAUCUAUCUCCACUGCUUGGCCUCCCCAGAGUUAGGUCUUUAUUUCAAACCACCAGUCACUUGUGGUGUUUUGACCUAGAAGCCAUGCAAGGCAGUUUGAAGUGUUCUUGAAAAGGUGGGGAGGCAGGGCUCGUUCUGAACUAUGAGCUGGAGAGGUAGUGAUGGGUGCUCCGGGCUCUAAUAGAGGUCUGAGAAGUAAGCCGGGUGGCCAGCUGGGUCCGGCUGCUCAGCGCUUCCUGGGGCACAGGAAGCCGUGCCUCUCGUUCCCUUUGAAAUAGCUUUGUCUUUGUCAUUCUUGUGACUUGGAGACCCCUUUGGACCCCGUAUCUGUGGGCUUAGCAUCAGUCAGAUGCUGUUUAUCAGACAGUCUUACCUGGCACGCAGUAGGUGUGUAGCAAUAGGAGUCACUGUUUUUAUAGUUGUCUGUUUUAGGCAUGAUGACAUACCUGCAGGGAUUUCUUUCAUUACUGUUUCACUGUUUAUUUCAUAAUCGUAGCUUCAUGGAGAGAACAGAAAGGUGAGGGAUCAAAAGAAGGUGUUCCUCCCUUCACCCCGAGCCCUCCCUUGCUGGCUCUACAUUUAAACUGGCUUCCACUGCUGGGUGUGGUGGCUCAAGCCUGUAAUCCCAGCACUUUGGGAGGCCCAGUUGGGCAGAUCAUGAGGUCAGCAGUUUGAGACCAGCCUGACCAAAAUGGUGAAACCCUAUCUCUACUAAAAAUACAAAAAUUAGCCUGUGUGUGUGUGUGUGUUAUCCUUGUGUGUGUGUGCGUGCACUCUUACAGUCAGCUAGCAUGGCUGGGUCAGGCUGGAUUCCUUGUCGAGCAUCUAGCUAAAAGAGGUUAAGAGGAGGCUCACACACUGCUGAAGGCCAGAGGACUUUGCUGAAUCGCUGGUCAUCUUAAAAACGAGCUGGGCUAUUUAUAAUUUGGCAGGCUGCCACAGACUCACACACUCUGUGUACUGGGUCUGAGCGUGGGUUUGUUCAUUUAUGUGCCCCUGUGCAUGGGUGUGGACGUGAUUUCCUGGCAUCCAGGGUGAGGACUGAGGAGGUGGGGAAGCAGACUUUGCCCUGGUCCCCUGGUCCAGGACGCUGUAGCUACCCUUAUUUAUGCCUGGAGUAUUGGUGUUUCUGGUAUUUCAAGCUGCAGAAAUGUUUGAGGGAAUAGACCUGGACGAUCUCUUUUUCCUGCUGAGGAAAGAAGCCCAGAGGGAUUCCCUGGGGCUCAGAGGAGGCCUCGGGUCAGGGGCCAUCCUGGGUGGGAGCUGUGGCUCUGGCCAGCUUGCUCCUGGCAACACUGCCCCCUGCCACUCUCCCGGGGCUGCAGGGACCUGGUCGUGCUGGAGAUGGAUGUUUUCAGGCAGCGCUUUGUAGGAGGCAAUGACGCUGGUAACCCACUAAUGUGAGGAUGAAGUCUUUGUAUUCUGUUUCCAUUGACGGGGACGGGUUUGCAGUACCACCCACACCCUUGCCUGGGCCUGGUGACUCAUGAGGACAAGAUGGCUGAGCAAGGAGAGGGAGGGGUUCCACUCACUCCAAGGCCCAGGGCUGACUCUUUUUAAUGCAUUUGGUGCUAAAUUGCUAUCCUGAGGCUCUUGAGUAGCUUAUAUGAACUCUGGCCGAGCCCCUGCUUGCGUCUCCCAAAUCCCUUGGGAGGUGUCCCCACGCCCUACACACUGCCUGCUCUGUCACCUCACCAUCCUGCCACCAGCUGGGCUGGCUGGUGUUCACUGCAGGGAGGUAGAUUCUUUUUCGAGAAGUGUGGAAGUACCAUCGGCGUAUAGAGAGACCUCUGCAGUCAGUAGGAACUGGGUUUGAAUCCCAGCUUCAGGACUCAAUCAUGUUGUAAAUCUCUGAACUUCUUGGAGACUUUGUUUUAGGAAAAGAGGACCCUGUAAGACAAAGUCCCUCUGCCAGCUCCAGCGCAGAGGGCAUCUCUAAUCAGGGUCGCUUCCUUUUCCUUUUCUCCCAGCCUGAUUCUGCUCCUUCUUUCUUCCUUUUUGUCAUUAUUUAAACUUAACGCAUGUAAUUUCAGCCUCCUAAGGGUCUUUAGGUAGAUUAAUUGCCAUAUGGAAAGUACUUAAGCAUGUCGCCUGGCACACAGUAGGUGUGUAGCAAUAGGAGUCACUGUUUUUAUAGUUGUCUGUUUUAGGCAUGAUGACAUACCUGCAGGGGUUUCUUUCAUUCUUGUUUCACUAUUUAUUUGGUAAUCGUAACUUCAUGGGGAGGACAGAAGAGUGAAGGGAUCCCAAGAAGGUGUUCCUUCCUUCACCCCGAGCCCUCCCUUGCUGGCUCUACAUUUAAACUGGCUUCCAUUGCUGGGUGCAGUGGCUCAUGCCUAUAAUCCCAGCACUUCGGGAGGCCCAGAUGGGCAGAGCAUGAGGUCAGGAGUUUGAGACCAGCCUGACCAAAAUGGUGAAACCCUAUCUCUACUAAAAAUACAAAAAUUAGCCAGGCAUGGUGGCAGGCACCUGUAAUCCCAGCUACUUGGGAGGCUGAGGCAGGAGAAUCGCUUGAACCUGGGAGGCAGAGGUUGCAGUGAGCAGCGAUUGCACCACUGCACUCCAGCCUGGACGACAAGAACGAGACUCUGUCUGAAAACAAACAAAAAAACCUGGCCUCUGUGUCGGCUCAUGGUCCUGUACAUCAACACAGCUGAUUUUUAUAAACCUGCUAGAGACAUGUGUUUUCUUGGUUUUCAAGCAUAAACAACCUCACUUUCAUAAAGAGGAGUUGCUGUAAGUUUCAGAACUUGGAGAGAUUUUUGUUUGGGCAUUUAUUUUUCUUAAACAGCACGAGGUUUGUUGGAUCCUAUAGGGUUUUGUACAGCCUGACCAGCAGUUAGCUGUCUCCCCUCCCCUUCUCCCAGAAGAAACGCAUGUUUUGUUCUCCACUGGCCUCUCCUCUGUGUGUUUCUUCUUAUGGGAAACAACCCACCACCCCAGGUUCUGUUGCCCAAGUUGAGACUGGAUGAAAAUCGAGAGGGGAUGCUGACAAGACCCUGGAAGGCCCAGAGAACGGAGGGAUGGGAGUGGGGAAGGCAGCGCUGGCCUGGGGCCAUCUUCCCCUUGCUUGCUUCCUGACAGGUGCGUAGAAUGGCCUCUCCUGCUGGCUCACUGGAGGCCUGGGAUAUCUCUGGCAGACAGUGCUGGAAAUUUAAUGCUCCUUGAAACAGGAGAGCCUGAGAAUGCUUACAAAAAUCACCCUCAUUAAAGUUUGAAGGGGUGAAGAAAGGCAGUCAUGGGGGAGACCCUGUGCUUACAAACCCACCUCGAAGGGGUUAGGGGUCACUUCCUACCUGCCAGCACCUUCCCUGGUCUGGGGGAACAGGGAACCUGAUGGUGGGGGCUCUGGGGCUCUCGGGACAUCUACCUUUUGUGGCCUCUCUGUCUACCUGGCGGAGGUCUGUGGCUGUCUGCAGCUGAGGACCCACUUAGGACAACAAAAUCCAGCCAAGCCGAUGGCUGGGGCUGAGUGGGGCCUUUUGGCUUCAGGUGACUUUGUGGCUUCAGCCUUGGGUAAGGGGAGGGCCCAUGUGGAGCUCUCUGGAAGGUCUGGACUGCUGCUUUUCCUUGACUCUCCUCGCUCUCCACCACCCCCAAAGUUCAGCAGAGUCUUGGGUGCGUCUUCUCCGUUGGCGCCGCGUGUUUGUGGCAGCAGCUGUUGGUGCUGACUAAUAGGACUUCCUGGCAGCUGUGCCGGGCACACGUGGCACCAGCAGGAACUGCCUCUUCCCGGCCGCCCAGUCUAUACCCCAACCACUGAAGAAAGGCCUGGAAAAGGCAGAGAGGCUGCUUGAGUGGGAAAGCCCUAGACCUUGGUGACUCACGGAUCCAGAGAACACAGUUGGAAGAGCCAAGUCCAUUCUGCAGAGGGGAGCACUGGGUGCCUGGGAGGGUCUCUCAGGUCUAAGAGCAAGUGAGGGGCGCAUAGCACCCCGUCUCCUCCCUGCCCUCUGAAUGUGGCUUCUCUGCCCAUGUGAGGCAGGCUUGUGGGAGGGUCAGUCUGUAUUCUGUCGCUCACUAGCUGUGUUCUGGGGCAAAGCUUUUCAUCUCUCUUUACCUCAGGGCAGGUGCCAGUUUGCAUUCUUCCUUGCCAAAAACUGGGCUGAUGCCUCCCUCUUCCAUCAGUCAAGUGGUGUGUGUGUCCCAGAUGCCCUAACAGAUUCUCAGGAAUUGCAGCUGACAUCCAGUCAUCUCUGGUCAGGGGUGGACGGGGUCAGAGCCAGGGCAGAAGACAAGAAAACAAACAGGAGAGCCUAAGUGCUUGCUGACUUCUGCCCCAUUCCCCUCACCCCAAACCCCGUUUUAGAGAGGACUCGAGAAGCCUUUGGGGGCUGAGAAUACCAAGGCCUGAGUGACCCAGCAGAAUUCCUGCACGUGGCUAGGCAUCCUUUGUCUGAUGAUCACAGCCACUGCUCACAGAGCAUCUACAAUGUACCAGCAGCAGGCUUAGGAGGCAGGUUCCUCUAGUUUAUAGGCAAGAACACAGCUCGGAGAAGUGCACCUUGCCCAGAGUCAUUCCUGUGGGCCCAUGAGAUGGCCCAGAUCUUUCCACUAGGCCAUGCUGUUUUGUUGCCAGGGAACGUUGUCCCUGGAGGGGCAGAAGUGACCAUUCUGGUUGCACAAGGCCUGGUGGCCCAGGUAGGAGGAGGGACCUUUCAAGGCACAUCCACAGGGAUAGGAAAGCCUUGCAGGGGUGGGUCCGCUCUGCAGCUGUAAUUAAGCCUUUCUGUCUGCUCUCCUUUGCAGCCACCAGCUUUUCAGGGGUUUAGAUAACAUGGCUUUGGGCUGAGGGUCCUUUCAGCACUUGAAACAGGAGGACCCAUCCCGGCGUUCACAGACCAUGGUUCCCCUUUUCUCCUCACGAUGCUGAAUUUUUAAAAAGUGGAGCAUUAGUGUAGGAAGAGUAGCUGAUAUCUGGAUGUUUUUCACAGAAAUUCCACGAUGGAUGCUUUCCCCAGGAUGCACUGCCAGUGUCCCAGAGAGGGACUUAUCAGUUAAACCUGCCUGGCUCCAGAGAAGUCGCCACAGACUUCCUGGUAAAUACCCCUGAGCCAGGAAUGCAUUUGUGAAAUUUUUAGGAGAUGAUCCCAGAAAAGCCUCCUUCGGUCACCAAGCUGCGUGUUUGUGUCUGGAGAUGAAUUGUACGAGGGAAGGUGUUUGCUCCUGAAAUGAGACAUUUUGUACAAUACACACAAGCCUUUUAUGUGACAUUGAAGUCAGAUGCUGAGCUGUCAGAUGCUAGGGUUUGAAGUUGAAAGUUGACUUUACCUCCUGUAGUGACAAAGUUCUGUGUCAGCCUGAAUUUCAAUUUCCCGGGACUUUGGUCUGUCUACAGCUCAACGUGGUGUCCUCAGCACCUUUGGGUUUUUUUGUUGUGUUGUUUGUUUUUUUGGCAGUUAGGGGAGGGAUGGGUUAGUGACAGGGUGUUGGGGGGGUGCAUUUAAUCAUUAAUUCUCUUUAGUAGGUUUAAUUGUAUAAAGAUAAUAAUGCAUACAAACGUCUGUAAUUAGGGGACUUGGUUCUAUUAGACAGUGUUUUCGUGAAGAAAAUUAUAGUGUUUAUAAACUGUUUAAGGGGGAGACCGCAUAUAUUAACAUGCAACUAGUUUUUGUGAAUUCAUACCGAGUACUUACCAGUGCUGCCUGGAGGUGCCUCCCCUAAUUCCAGUGUGCCCCGUUCCUACAUGCUUCCUGGGCUGCCUUCAGCAGAACCAGCCAGUUUUCAGAAUAUAGAACUCUAUUCUAGGGGCUUAGGAGAGCCAACCUUUUUUUCUGCCGGAAUGAGUUUCAUUCAUUCAUGAGACACAUGUUUAGGAGUACCCAGUCUCUGCCAGGCACUAUUCUGGGUAUGGGGGACACGGAGGUGAAUAAGAUGGCAAGCUCUUGGCUCUCAUGAAGUUUGAAAUCUAAUGGGGAGUCAGACUAUAAAUGAGAGGACAAAUAGGGGAACACACUGUUUGCUGAUAUCGAUCAGAGCAGAGGAAAUGGAACCAAGUGUGAAGCUGCAGAGGGGCUGGUAAGUGGGGUGGGGGCAUGAGGGUGUUGGUUUAGGCAUAGUCUUCAGUGAGGCAUCUCUAGGGCAUGUGAGCAUCCAAGAACAGGGAGACUGCACAGCCCAUGCAGUUGCCAAGGCAAGAAUGAGCUUUGUGACUUCAGGGAACAGAAGGAAGUAGGGGGAGCUAGCAACUGAGGGGAGAUGAGGUUGGCACAGUGUCAGGACCAGAUCAUGGGGCUCUGCCAGGGGAUGGUCAGAAGGAAGUAUUUGCAGUGCCCUUAGAAUCUAAAAGCUGCCAGGCACGGUGGCUCACACCUGUAAUCCCAGCACGUUGGGAGGCUGAGAUGGGGGGAAUCACUAGGUCAGGAGUUCAAGAUCAGCCUAGCCAAUAUAGUGAAACCCCAUCCCUACUAAAAAAUACAAAAAUUAGUCGGGCGUGGUGAUGUGUGCCUGUAGUCUCAGCUACUCAGGAGGCUGAGGCAGGAGAAUCGCUGGAACCUGGGAGGCAGAGGUUGCAGUGAGCUGAGAUCGAGCCACCGCACUCCAGCCUGGGCAACAAAGCUUUUUCUCUCAAAAAAAGAAGCUAAAAGCUAAAGACCUACUGCAAGCAAAACAGUGGGAUGUUCUGUCCCUGCACCAGUGGCCUCCUCUGGGGGCUCUCUUCCACUUGGUCUCGAUGUUAGAGGUGCCAAGCACAUGGAAUAGGGCCUUUCCCUGUUUAGCCUCCAGCAGAAGUGCUCAAAUGCCUUGAGGGACACCAGUUGGAGAAAAGGCCAAGCAUCCGUUCAACUCAGGGAAUGUUCUUACAGUGCCCACUAAGCUGUCAAAGAGAUGCACUCACAUGCUGGAGGAACGAACAGCUCCAUCUGGGGCACAAAAGCAGGGGCUCUGAAGGAUGAGUGGGAGUUUGAUAGAACUGCUGAAAAUGGGAGGAACUUUUCAGCAGAAGGAACCCACAUGGACGAAAGGCACAGUGUGCUAGAGGAACACCAAAUUGUCCGGUGUGGCAAGAAAUGAGCCUUUUAGGAAGAUGUGCUGGGGUCAGGUUGGGGCAGGCCUUGAAGCUUUGGGCUUUAUUGGACAGCCACACACACAUAUGCUUUGAUGCCAGGUUGCUACGUAAAACCUGGCUCCAAAAAUCCAUGUGCUGCAAAGAGAUUAGCUGUCACCCUUAACAGCAAAGCUGAAGCAUCUCAGCUGCCACAGUACAAGUUCAGAAAACUUUUUAAAUGAUCAUUUAUUUAUUUAUUUAUUUAUUUAUUUAGAGAUAGGAUCUCAUGUAUCACCCAGGCUGGAAUGCAGUGACAUGAUCAUAGCUUGUUGCAGCCUCAACUCCUGGACUCAAGUGAUCCUCUCACCACAGCCUCCCAAGUAGCUAGGGCUAGAGGUACAUGCCACUAUGCUCAGCUAGUUGUUCGUGUGUGUUUGUUUUGUCAUUUAUUUAUUUUUUGUAGCUUUGUGGUCUCUUGCCUAGGCUGGUCUUGAACUCCUGGCCUUGAGAAAUUCUCAUGCCUCAGCCUCCCAAGUAACCAGGUUUCCAGGUGCAAGCCACUGUGCCCAGCUUAAGUUUUAAAUUUUAAGUCACCCUUCUUUGGAAUGGUGGUCCCUGGUUAGGGGGGACCAGUUGUGGAGGAAAUGUUGCAUGUUUUAUCUGAGUCCUGGUCCUCCUGUUACAUGAGUACAGCCCAGCUGACACGGCUGUGCCGUCAAGCCCUGAGUUGGAUGGUAAGCAUGUGGAGUGGCAUUGGGGGAGUUUCAGGUUUUACAGCCACUCUCCCAGCAGCCCCUUUCCCCUCUUCAACAACUGAAAGUCCAGAUGAUCCAUCCCCUGAGGAUUACACGACUCAGUGCCUGCAUUCUAUGCCAUUGUCCCUGUGGAACCACAUGCCUGGCUUCUGGGAUGUCACCUUUGGUCAUCACUGUUUUCCUCUUGUCUCUCCCCCACCCCCACCAACACUGACAGUUUACUUCUGGGUGGAAGCCUCAGAUACCAAGAAGUACUUCAUCUGAAAUAUCACUGACGUGUCUCCCCUACUUGGUUUGGAGCAAGUUGUGAGCGCUGAGGAUGAUCAGUUCAGAUUUCAGUGGAGAUACAUUUACAAGUUACUGAACAGGCAGGCAUUUGUGUGGUGCUUCCACAGUGGGCAGUCGCAGGCCUCUCUGGUGGGCAUCCUCCUCCUAGCCUUGCUAAGAGAGGAUUUGCUUGGAUGAAAUAAAGACGUCCCUAAUUGUUUGUGGUGUGGGAAAGCAAUCCCAUAAGCGUUAAUUUGCCCAAGCCUGGAGUGUGUGAGAAAGUGCCUGUCUGACAUGUUUUUCUUUUCCAUUAAUACUUCUGUGAUAAACAGCUUAGAUGCUUGGAGAAAAAUUAAUGAAACUAUUGUAACAAUCAUGUACAUGUAGGUAAUUUAUUAAGGACAAUUAAAACGCUUUAAAAAUCAUCCAUGAGGCAAAAUGAACAGGAAGAUGGUUUGUGGCGGGUUUUGGCAGGGAGCCUGCCCAUGGGUGUAUGGAACAGGUUUCUCUUCCCCUCGCCCUCACCCCCAUCAGAGCCACACAGCAGUGGGAAGUGUGGAUUUCUGCUGUCCAGGCUGUUAAUAACAGACGUUCCAUGCUGGAUCCCUGUUUGGUGAAGGUAGGAAGAUAUGUGAAUGUCAGGGGAGGACUCUCGGGUCUGGCCGUCCUGCUCUACCUUCCUUGGGACCCAGGUAUGCUGGUUCCUGGGCUGCCCCUCCAGGAGCACGGUGGGUAACACUUGGUUAUUGGACUUCUGUGGUUUGUGUGUUGGCUCUGGGAGCCUCAAAACCAGGUGAGGGGCAGGAAGGGAAGCCUAGAGAGGUUAAGGUGGUACUGUCAUGAUGGUACCAGCCGCUUACUAGCUUGGACCGUGGCCUCUCCAUGUAACUAGCCCGAGCUUCAGCUUCCUCAUCUGCAAAAUGGGGAUAAUCGUUAGGAAUGAGUGGAGGAUGGGGGCAAGGAUUACACAAGAUCAUGCAUGCAGAGUGCCUACCUAGCGUGAUGCCUGGCAGGUGUGUAGUAAAUGCCCAAAGGUUUAAUGUUCUUCAUGUUUAAGGCAGGAGAAUUGCUUGAAACAUAUGCCUACUUUCAAGAAGGGCAUCAUUACUGUGUUGUUGGCUGAAAGCCAGGCUGGGGUUGACACCCACAUAUCUAACUCCAAGGCCAGUGCGCUUUUCAUGACGUGCCAGUGCCUACCCACUUACUGUCCUCCCUCCACCGCCAUUGUUUUACAGGACUGCCACUACUGUGUCCCACAUGAGUGCUAGGAAGUACUUACUCAGCUGGGUGAGGCCCCUCUUUAGAAGGACGGAGCUGCUCAGCUUCCUCCUGGUCUCAUCUCUACCCCACUCCUUCUCCACCCCGUCAUGGUUCAUAGCUUCAAAGUGACAGAUCUUCCACACUCUGGAAUUUUCUUCACAUAUGUGGAGGACUGGGAUUGCUAGAAUUUGUUUGUUUUUAUUUGUUGGUGACCCAAGAAAUCUUUGACCUUGUGGACCAGUGGUUUCUCAAACGUAGAUAUAUUGAGUGCAGUCAGGCUCUGUUAGCGGAUGGUACUGGUCACUCUCGGGGUGUUUAUUUUUAUUUUAUUGUUUUUCCCUGGGGCUUGGUCAUAGAUGCACAGGUUAUGUGUCCAUUAUAAACAUAUGCAUCUACUUUCAAGAAGUAAUUUUUAGAUCACUUACUGACUAGAAAGGAAAAUGAAGUGUUUUAGCAUAGACACGUCAGACACGACAGAUUUUUUUUCCCCCUUUUUAUGCUGCAAAUGAGCAGUGAAAAAUUACUUGCUUUUUGCUAUUAAAAGCUGUGGCACCGGCUGGGUGAGGUGGCUCACCCCUGUAAUCAGGAGAUCAAGACCAUUCUGGCCAAUGUGGUGAAACCCCGUCUCUACUAAAAAUACAAAAAUUAGCUGAACAUGGCAGCAGGUGCCUGUAAUCCUAGCUAUUGGGGAAGCUGAGGCAGGACAAUUGCUUGAACCAGAGAGUUGGAGGUUGUGGUGAGCUGAGAUCAUGCCAUAGUACUCUAGCCCGGGUGACAGAAUGAGACUCUGUCUCAAAAAAAAAAAAGCUCUGGCACCUGUAAAAAAUAGCAAAUUAUAGAGACAUUAUCAAAGUUUACAGGCACUAGAGUUUGACCUCCAGCAAAUUCUACAUUGGAGGGAACAGGGUUUUCUUUUCUUUCUUCAAAAUGAAAAAUGAGAGGGAAGAAAAAGAUUUAUUUCCUUCUGGGGCUGGAGUAGCAACUGGAAAUAGUAUUCCCCAGCUUAAAGAAAAAAAAAAAAGUCUUUGUUAAAUUACAUAGAGUAAUUUAAGACAUUACUUUCCUUAGAAAAAAAUUUAAACGUAUAGAAAAGGCAAAAGUCAGCUGGACAUGGUGGCUCAUACCUGCCCAGCACUUUGGGAGGCCACAGUGUGCAGAUCUCUUGAGGCCAGGAGUUUGAGACCAGCCUGGCCAAUGUGGUGAAACCCCAUAAAAAUACAAAAAUUAGCUGGGCAUCGUGGCGCACACCUGUUAUCCCAGUUACUCAGGAGGCUGAGGCAGGAGAAUUCGCUUGAACACGGGAGGUGGAGGCUGCAGUGAGCCAAGAUUGCACCACUGCACUUCAGCCUGAGCAACAGAGCAAGACUGCAUCUCAAAAAAAAAAAAAGAGAACCAGGCACAGUACUCACACCUAUAAUCCCAGCACUUUGGGAGGCCGAGGUGGGUGGAUCAUGAGGUCAAGAGAUCAAGACCAUCCUGGUCAACAUGGUGAAACCCCGUCUCUACUAAAAAUACAAAAAUUAGCUGGGCAUGGUGGCACACGCCUGUAGUCCCAGGUAUUCGGGAGGCUGAGGCAGGAGAAUUGCUUGAACCCAGGAGGUGGAGGUUGCGGUGAGCCGAGAUCGCACCAUUGCACUCCAGCCUGGUUAACGAGCAAAACUCUGUCUCAAAAAAAAUAAAAGGAGAAAGGCAACAGUCCCUUUGUACACUCCCCUGCCCCUGCCACCACCCUUGGUCUUACUUUCGUAUUUAUAACAGAGCUUUUUCUGUGCGUUUAUAUACUCUUCUGUAUACUCAGGGAAAAUAACAUAGUAUUGAUUUCUCAGGCUGUUCCCCCCUCCCAAAACUUUUGCCUUUUCCUCUGUCUUUUCCCGAGACUUAGCUGGAGGAAGAGGGGAGAUUGGAUGGGCAAGUGCAAUGUUUUUAAACGUGGGGUUGAAUAGUCCAGCGGGUGGUGGUGGUGUUCCUGCCUUCUCUUAGUUCUCCUUGGCCUUUGUGAAGCUUCCUUGAUUGCUCAUAAUCUGGGUUAAGAUUGAGAAGAUGGAUAGUUGGAGGGUACAGGUAAGUUUCCAGAGGAGCAAAGGGUCGGGGCUUGAUUGAGUACCAGAUACUGUGGCCGACUGGAGCUUCCUGUGCCUUUAGCUGGGCCCCAACCCGCUUCUGAACUAGGAAUGUAGAGUGAAUGCUCUGUGAGACAUCUGUGCCCACUGCAGGGUUUUGAGCAUGUGAAUGUGUGAGAAUGUGGGUGUGUACCUGUGUAUGGGUGCACGUUUAAGGAGGAUUUCUCAGAGAAGCCACCCCCUCCUUUGUCCUGAAAUGCACACUACAGAUCCUCCGCUAAAUAAUCAGCAGGUGUUAGAGGAAGGCACCUUCAGAGGACUGGUUGUUGUUUCGGAAGCAGUGUGCCGAAUCAGCCCAUCUUGGGCUCCCAGCUGUGCUGCGACGUUUGUGCAGCUUUAGGUGCCAGUCAGGGCAUGGCAUCUCUGGACAGUGAGACUCUCCAUCCUUUUUCUGAGAGCAGAGGCCUCGUAGCUGUUGCUGGAUCUUCACAGAAAGUGGGUCCCUAAUCUCAUUCUCACCUGCUUCUACUUCUGCUCUGAGGCCAGCUGAGAAAAUUGCUCUGGUGCUUUGCUGCUGUCUGAGAUUUCAGGUGGGAAAUUGGAGCUGCAAAUUUUGAGAAAGCCACACUGUGAUUCAGGAAGAGCAGCGAGACCGGCACAGCUGCCUGCCCUGACCAGCCUUCUUCCUCGCAUCCUUGUGACGCUCUAGUCUUUAAAACUCUUUGCAACUGCUGCCCAGUAGAGGCAGUUUGGUCCUCUCAGAAACAGGGAAGGGAAAGGGUACAAUCUGUCACCCUCAUCAGCUGGCUAGCGGGUUCCAAAAGUGAAGGCUUGGGGAAGAAGAACAUCAGGGCUUGAGGAAGUUGUGCCCUUACCGCCAAGCUUUGCUGACCAUUCUCAUGGGAUUUGUCCUCUUCUGCUUCUUUAGUGAGGAGUACCUCUCCCAUGUCCUCAAAUCCAAUUUUCCCAAGGUGGCACCUGUGACCACGCUGUCAUUCCUCAGGCUCUAUUGAGAAGACAUGGUUUGGCCAGCUUCCCUAGAUGGGAAGUAGAGGUUCACCAGCUGGUGUCUGGAAGGCAGGUUCUGGCCUUCUUUGCUGUGGCUGUCUGGGCAAAGCAUCUUGCAGCUCUCUUCUCUUUUCCACCAGGACAGCAGGUAGCCUUGUCUAGCCAGAAGUGACCACAGGAACCCCUGUCCAUCCUCACAGAGGGGAAGCAACUUCCCUAAGCCACCUGGCCCGCAAGUGUGCCAGUGGCAGAGCCAGGACUAGAAGCCAGCCUUUUGCCUGCUGAUUGGUAUGCCCCAUGCCAGGCCAGAGACCCCUUAACAGGGCCUGGACUCAUGAGGGGCAGCUGAAUUGUUGCAGUGGCGCAAUCCCGGCUCACUGCAACCUCUGCCUUCCGAGUUCAAGCGAUUGUCCUGCCUCAGCCUCCUGAGUAGCUGGGACUGCAGACACACACCACUAUGCCCGGCUAAUUUUGGUAUUUUUAGUAGAGAUGGAGUUUCACUAUGUUGGCCAGGCUGGUCUUGAAUUCCUGACCUUGUGAUGUUCCCACCUCGGCCUCCUGAAGUGCUGGGAUUAUAGGCAUGAGCCACCGCCCCCGGUCUGCAGCAGUCUUAACAAUCCAUCUGCUUGCUUCUACUCUGUAGAUUAGGAUCAUUAAAUAUGGACUGUGUUUUCUGGACUUAUAAACAAAAGUGGGACAGCAGACCUUGUACUUGAAAAGAUUGCUCUCUAAGAUGGUUCAAAUUUGAAGAGACAAGGCCUGAAUUCUCUCAUUUUUGCAGUUAUAUUAAUAAGUACUUUAAUGCCUAGAACAUGCCGGGAGCUGAGCAAAGUGUGUUUUGUGCUUCAUCUUCUGUGUUCCUCUUACCAGCCCAUGAGGGUGCUUCUGCCAUCAUCCCUGUCUUACAGGUGAGGACCUGGUAAGGUUCAGGUCCUGCCUUCUGUGUCACAGCUGAGAGGUGGGGAACUGGGAUUUGGAUGCAGGUUCUAACCUCAGACUGGGGGAGGAUUCUGCAAGGUGGAUACGGAACAGAACUGCCAGGCCAGUGCUGGUUGAGGGUAUUUUUUUUUUAAGAUGGGGUCUUGCUUUGUUGCCCAGAUGAGUAUAGUGGCACAAUAUCAGCUCACUGCAACCUUCGCCUCCUGGUUCAAGUGAUUCUGCCUCAGCCUCCUGAGUAGCGGGAUUAUGGGCGUGCGCCACCACACCUGGCUAAUUUUUGUAUUUUUUAGUGGAGAUGGGGUUUCAUCGGGUUGGUCAGGCUGGUCUCAGACUUCUGAUCUCAAGCAGUCUGCCUGCCUCGGCCUCCCAAGGUGCUGGGAUUACAGGUGUGAGCCACCACUCCUGGCCUGAGGGGCUUCUUGCUUACGCUGUGGUCACUUACCUGCCAUGCUGCUGUCUUGGUUUUCAGGGCAUCUUGUGACAGUGACUGAGGCUUGCUGCCCAGGUGAUGAGCACCACAGGCCUCAUAACCUGAUGAUUCAUGGUUGAUCCAUGUCCCUAAAACUUCCUAUGUGGUGAGAAGUCAACCGUGUCCCGGGACACUUGGUUUUGUGUCUCAUUUUGGCCUAGUAGAGGGACAAAGCAAAAAGUUGAAUGCCAAUAUCAGAACAACUGCACCAGCAGACACAAGCAUUUGCCUGUGCCGGGCAUGCUUUUGUAUUACCUCAUUUAGCCCACUUAUGCCUAGUGUUCCACUAUUGGAACACUAAGCUUUUGGGAGUUGUUUAUAUCCUACUGCUCAAGGUCAUCGCCAAGGUUUGAGUUUUCACACACAAAAAGUUUGCAACCUCUGAUAUAAAUGGGUUAAUUCUUACCACCCUCUUCGGGCUGCAUUCUGUUAUCAUUCCCACUCUGCAGGUGAGGAAUUACACCGUAGUAACUUGUUUGAGAUCACAAAGCUGGGAAUUGACAGAGCCAGGAUCCAAACUGCCUGACCCCUGAGCUCAUGCCUUUAUCUUUCUCAUCAAAAACCACUGGUUGGAUGAGUACCUCUCUGGGAAGAAAGGGCUACGGACCCUGUGUUCUGUCACCCACUUGUUGGCCGUCAAGGUUGACACCUGGUGGGGAGCCCUCAUUCACAGGGCAGAAGGCUAAGUGAGGUAAACAGCCACACAGGGGCUGAGUAAAGAGGACUGGCUUGCCCCAGGAGCUCUGCGCAGAUCUUGAGUACACUGGCUCAGUAUGUUAUUGAAAUGGCAGAGCUCAGGGCGGAGUGAUGAUUGAUGUGUGCCUUUGGCAGCCCCCAAAGGCACCAGGAACUGUGGAUUGUGAGAAGCCCACCGUCCCAUGUCACCACGAGGGUGCUGGUGUCCAGUGCCCAUGUGCUUCCAUUUGCCGCUCUCAAGGGUAGUCAGAGAGGUUCCAGCCUGCCUCAUCUUCCCUGUAGCUGCUGAAGGCAUAUGUUUUCGAGAUCUCCUUGGACCUGGGUCUGUGGCUUUGAACUUUUGCCAUGGACUAGAGUUCUUCCCAGGCAGGUAGCCCAUGUGGCGCUUGAGCUCUUCACCAGGUUAAAGCCAGCGGAGGUAACAGCGCAGCCCUCUGGCUGGGGAAGGGGGCUGCUGCUCGCCUCGCUCCUUCCGGGACUUUGAUGCCUCUCUCCAUACUGGCCCUCUCUGCUGCUGCUCCUGCCGUAGGAGUGGAAGGCCUGCCUGGAACCCCAUUCCUGCCAUGACCUUGAGGCUGUUCAGUGACCUCUGAGAGCCUGAUUUUCCCACCCACCUUAGGAAGCUCUUACAGAGUGCCUCGCUCACAUUCAGGUGCAUGGUAGAUGCUCACGCCUCUUCAUGUGGCUCUGGGGCUUGUGUUAGAGCAUCUCUUUCUUUUAGAGUAUAGCCAGCUGUCUAUCGCAGCUUGUAUAUGAAAUGGUCUCUUUCUGUGGUAACUUUGCACAAAAGAUGGUUUUGUGGUCAGCCUCUGAAUCAUGCAGGGAAGCCCCUGUCCCCGCACUCACACACAGGGAGCUGUGGUCACAGUCGGGCCACUUGGAAGCCGUCACAAGACUUGAAAUGGGGGGCUUGAAGUCACUGCUUGUGAAUUAGUAUGUUUUUCUCUCUUGCCUUUGUGAAAACCGACUUCCUGUGCAGCCGCUUGUGUUUUAAAACCCUGAAAAACUGGGGGCUGCUCUCAGCCCUUGUCCACCGCUGGUUCCUAGGACCGUUAUGAAUUAAAGAUUAUAGCCGUUAGAAAGAGAUCGUCUUUAAACAAGCUCAAUUCUCUCUCCUCAUGCCCCCCGAGUGGUGAAGUUUUUGUGUAUAGUUAGUCCAAAACAAACAGAGAUGUUCUUGAGUGAUGUGGGGAGCAGGGACCAAGACAGCAGGGGAACGAGGGCAGCAGGGGAACAGUGCGGGGGAGCUGGGGGAUGCAGUUUUGAAUUCUUGGCCUCCUGUCUGCGUGCCCAGAGAAGCAGGGCGGCAUGUUGUGCCCAGCAGAACCUGCUCCUGCUGAUUUGCUGCGUCAUCUUGGGAAAACCUUGGCUUUGCUCCUCCGCAGCACACAGGCACAGGCGCACGCACGUUCCCGUCCCAGCUGGUGCCUGCAGGUGGGUGUUAUGCACAGACUCUUUGGACAAAGCUCUGGAGAUGAAGUGGGAAAGAGGUGCGGUAGAAACAUCACCAGGAAGCUUUUUAUGACGGGCCUUAACACUGCGUGUGAAGAUGGAACAGAUGCCCCACAGAGAUGGCCCUCUUGGGACUCUCACCUAAAGCGGAUGCUGCCAAGGUGAGGGAUCUCUGGGCAGCGGAACCAGAACAUCAAACAAGCACUAUGAUUUAACAGCAGCAAUAAACGAUCUUUCUGAACUUACUUCUGUGGAUGCAAAGAUGUUGAAGAGCAGUUCCUGCCCUUGGCAGGGAACUCGGGGUGCAGAGGGAGAGACAGACAAGAAGGGAUGAGUCCCGGGCACACGUAUGUCUGUCCCUCCUCUAGCCUUAUAACAUCUCUAUGAGGGAGUGAAGAACACCACUGCUUUGGCUGGGAGCAACAUCUCAUGCCUGUAAUCCCAGCACUUUGGGAGGCUGAGGUGUGUGGAUCACAACGUCAGGAGUUCAAGAACAGCCUGGCCAAGAUGGUGAAGCCCCAUCUCUACUAAAAAUACAAAAGAUUAGCUAGGUGUGGUGGCGGAUGCCUGUAAUCCUAGCUACUUAGGAGGCUGAGGCAAAGAAUUGCUUAAACCCGGGAGAUAGAGGUUGCAGUGAACCGAGAUCAUGCCAUUGCACUCUAGCCUCGGUGACAGAGCAAGACUCCAUUUCAAAAAUAAAAACAAACAAACAAACAAACACUACAGCUAACUUAUAUUUUUAGUAGAGACAGGGUUUCACCAUGUUGGCCAGGUUGGUCUUGAACUUCUGACCUCAGGUGAUCCACCCACCUCAGCCUCCCAAAGUGCUGGGAUUGCAGGCAUUGGGAUUACUGUGUUAGAGAUGGCUGUGCAGAUUUAGUCUUGCUCAAGGGUCUUGCUCAGGGCACAACUGGGCCUAAAUUCCCAGGCCUGCUGCCUUUGGUCUACAGAUCUUCAUGGCAGAUGUUGAUGUAGAGGUCUACAUCAUCUUGGAGUUUAUUUUAGGCAGAUGAUUGCCUUCUAGGUCAUUCUCAACCAUUUAAGUAUCCUUGGCAGGAGAACUUAUCUGCAUGGGCCAAGGCUCUUUGAGUUGGGAGCAAGGCGUAUUUUCCCACCCGGUCUCCAUGCACCCAGGCCCUGUGGUUUUAUUGGCACUUGAUUUGGAAAGUUCUUGCCUUUUGGGAGGAGAGAGGAAGGAGAAGUUUGGCAGCAUCCUGUUCCAAGGCCUAGCGUUUUAAUGUGUGGUCAGACUGUUUAUAGAUUAAUUGGUUUUCAAGAGGGAAACACGUUCUUUCAGGACAUAGGGUCUCUAGGAUGAAAAUAACUUUCAAAGAAGUGGUGGAGGUGUUAGAGAACACUCUAGUAACUCCUAUCACUUCACAGCUGGGAAAUCCGAACCCCCAGAGGGGGAGGAGAUUUUAGAAAGUUUUACCAGAUUCACCGUUUUUCUGGACAGAAUUGGACUCUAGAUAGAGAACUGGACACUUCCCCCUAGAACCAUGUUUCCCCAGGGCAUCGAGAGGUGUUAGGAGACACAAGGGCUCUGUGGCCAAAUACAUGUAGCAACUCCUAAAUUAAACAUUCCCUAAAUGCAGGACUUCUCAGAGCCUUUACUCGGCUAACAAGUGGUCUGAUUUUCUAAGAGCUGAUUAAGGUAGGUAAUGAUUCCUGAACUUAUUUGGCCAAUGAACUUGUUUUAAGGAGACUAAAUUAUCUUAGUCUCCUUAAAACAAGUUCAUUGGCCAAAUAGUACAGGAAUCAUGUUUCUGAAACAUGAUUCCCCAGCUGUGACAAUAGGAAUUAGAGUGUACUCUAAUAUCUCCACCACUGCUUUUCAAAUCUUUUUUUUUUUUUGAGAUGGAGACUUGCUCUGUCACCCAGGUUGCAGUACAGUGGUGCAAUCUCGACUCUCUGCAACCUCCACCUCCCGGGUUCAAGCAAUUCUCCUGCCUCAGCCUCCCAAGAAGCUGGGAUUACAGGCAUGUGCCACUGCACCCAGCUAAUUUUGUAUUUUUAGUAUAGAUGAGAUUUCACCCUUUUGGCCAGGCUAGUCUCGAACUCCUGACCUCAGGUGAUCCACCCACUUCAGCCUCCCAAAGUGCUGGGAUUACAGGCGUGAGCCCCUGCACCCAAUCUUUAACUUAUUUUUCUCCUAGAAGACCCUGAGUCCUGAAAAAAUAUGUUUUCCUCUUAGAAACCAAUUAAUAAAUAUUGGGAAGUCAGACCAGGCACGGUGACUCAUGUCUAUAAUCCCAGCAGCUGGGGAGGCUGAGGCGGGAGGAUAACUUGUGUCCAGGAGUUUGAUUCCAGCCUGGGCAACAUAGCAAAACCCUGUCUCUACACAUAAAAUAAAAAAUUAACUAGGCAUGGUACUGUGUGCCUGCAGUCCUAGCUACUCAGGAGGCUGAGGUGGGAAGAUCACUUGAGUCCACGAGAUCAAGAAUGCAGUGAGUUGUGAUUGGACCUCUGCACUCCAGCCUAGGAGACAAAGUGAGAUUGUGUCUUUAAAAACAGAAAUAAAAUAAAACUAAGAAGUCAGAUGAAUUCCUACUCAAUAAAAUGAAGUCAGAUAGAUAUAUUUAUAUCAACUGGGCAUAUACAUAUAUAAAAUUAUAUAUCAGAUACCAUAGUGCAUAUAUAAAUAGAUAUCUUAAACUAUAUUAGCCUGACACACACACAUACACACACACACACACACAAAUAUAUAUGUGUGUAUAUAUAAUUACACAAUUCUGUUUAUAUAUAUAUUUGUGUGUAUGUAUAUAAAUGUGUGUGUGUGUGUGGUGUGUGUAUAAUUUUAAUCUUUCAAUGGCCAUCAGCGAUUUAGGUUAACCAGUGUUGCUAUGUGUUAGUCAGAAGUCUCCAGGGGCACAAAGUCUCUGACUGGGAACUGCUGGCUACGUGGAUGGAGAGCCCUCUCCAGCUUUAAUACUCUCCGUGUUCCUUGCCUUUGGGUUAUCAGCAAGAAGCCCAGCUCCUUGGCCCAUAACUCAGAUCAGUUAGCAUAUAAACUCCAGAAAAUAAUUGGCCUCUUAAUUGCUGCUGAUUGCGUGUCUUGAACCAGGUUUGGUGUGGGAGGGUGCCCGGUGCAGGCUGUGGGAGGAUCAUUUGAGAAUUCCCUUGCCUGCCCCUGCUCUGCGGUUGCCCGGCACCUGGAGAGAGCUGUUGGCUUGUUUGCUUUGGGUAACUAUGGCAGCUCCUUUUAAUUGCCACCAAAUAACUUCAGCUCAGCCUCAGCAGUGGUCAUUUUGCUGCGCCGCUCGGAAGAAUGCCUACCUCUGUAAGAGCUGGAUGGAUGAGAGCUUCACAGAGGCGGGCCGAUGCUCUUUAAUGGUUUUCUCCCCAUUUAAUAAGUGUUGAGUAAAACUUGAGUUUAGGGUGUUUAUGUGGCACAAAAGGUAAACCAUUUGUGGCAUUUUGGGACUCACACACAUCGUCAUGACAUGGUAAUAACUGCCUUCAUGUUAAACUUGGGUCACUGUCAGCUUUCUUCUGGAGUGCUCCCUGCUUUAUUUAGGGGCCAGGGGUAAGAAAGGAAUGGGAUGACAGAAGGUGAGGCAGAAUGUGGGGUGCCGCAUGGGGCCAUCGUCCUCAGUCAGACUUUCUAGAAAAAGGCAUCACGUGGCCUGAAUCAUCUGCUGUGGCUUCUGCUCCUCUGACAUCAGAAACAGGCCCUGAACCUUUGACCUCUGGCUCUGGGUCCAUAAAUGUCCUGAGGUUCCCAGGAAAAGGAAGACUUGUUAGAUGGGAACCCUGAUGUUUGAUUAGAGCAGCUUUUAUCACCACUGCUGUGUGUUUGUUUAUUCAGGCACCCGCUGGGUCUGACCGCUGGUAGGUCCUGGAGAGGGGAGGCAUAGCCUUUACUCAUGGUCUCAUGGUAAGGUAGAGUCACUCAGAAUGCAUAAUGAAAGUAUGGCUUGGCUGGGUGCAGUGGCUCACGCCAGUAAUCCUAGCACUUCGGGAGAUGGGGGCAGGGGAAUUGUUUGAGCCCAGGAAUUCCAGACAAGCCUGGGUAACAUAGCAGGACUUCAUCUCUACAAAAAACUAAAAACUCAACCAUUUACAGUGGUUCACGCCUGUAAUCCCAGCACUUUGGAAGGCUGAGGCAGGCAGAUCACCUGAGGUCAGGAGUUCAAAACCAGCCUGGCCAACAUGGUGAAACCCUGUCUCUACUAAAGAUAGAAAAAAUUAGCCAGAUAGGAUGGCAGGUGCCUGUAAUCCCAGCUACUUGGGAGGCUGAGGCAAGAGAAUCACUUGAACCUGGGAGGCGGAGGUUGUGGUGAGCCAAGAUCGUGCCUCUGCACUCCAGCCUGGGCAACAGAGCAAGACUCUGUCUCCAGGAAAAAAAAAAAAUUAAAAAAUUAGUCAGGCGUGGUGACACAUGCCUGUGGUCCCAACUACUUGGGAAGCUGAGGCAGGAAGAUCACUUGAGCCUGGGAGGAUGAGGCUGCAGUGAGCUAUGGUUGCACCACUGCUCUCCAGCCUGGUGACAGAGCCAGACCCUGUGUCGGGAAGGAAAGAAGGGUGGAAGGUAGGGAGGGAAAGAGGAAAAGAAAAAAAAAAAGGAAAGGAAAGGAGAGAGAGAGAAGAGAAGAAAAGACACAGGAAAGGAAACAGAGAGAAAGAGAAGAAAAGAAAAAGGAAAAGAUUUGUUGUGCAUGAAGACGUAAGCAUGUAGAAGGCAGAGGAAUCAUGAAUAGCUGGAUGGGUUCCUCUGGGGAGAGUGCUAAUGGGACAUGAGGCACCCAGCCCACGUGUAGGAAGAACUGCGGCAGUUUGCAAUGCCAGAGGGAAGAAGGGGAGGCGAAGCACCGUGGCAGUAGUGUGGAGGUGGGCCGGGGCUGGUCUCAGUGGUGCCGAGAAACUUGUACUUACCCAUAGGCAGGGGAGCUGUGGCUUCUGUAGGCUUCAUGGGGAGGUCACCAUUGAGCUGGGAAAGGAGAGGAGCUUUCUAGGCAGAAAGCGUGGUUGACUGAAAUGGCUGAGUGUGUUCUGGGGAUGGUGGCCGGCUCUGGGUGGUGCAUUUGUCCCCGCUCAAGGAGAGGCGUGAGGCAGGAGCCCUGUGUCUUCCAUACCACGCUUGCUCGGCAUGCCCAUGGCUUGGAAUCUCUCCUUGCGGAGGCUGCACCCGUCUUUGUGCGUCCUUUGGUGGAAAGUUAGGUUUGAUUGUCCUAUUGGCCUGUGGCUAGGGCACAGUCUCCUCUUGUCUCAGUGCCCCACUUCCUCUGGUGUGGGCAUUGUCAACACACAUCAUAACACCCGAGCAUGUGCCCACGGGGCGUGCAGCCCGCUCCCUCCCCUGACCUGGCCGUGGAGUGGACUGCACAGAUCACAGGGGUGCAGUCUUAUCACCCAGUCUUCUCUGGGCUCCACACACAGACAGCAUUCUGCCUCCUCCCCGAGGACCACACAGCCAUCCCAGGCAGCUGUUCAGUGGUAAUUAGUCAACCCAAGCCUUCAGGUUCAAUGACUCAUUGUCUUAAAUUUUACUAAGUACAGAAAAACAGAGUGCUGAUUUAUUAAAAAUGAAUCCUCCUAAGAGGUAGCCUCAGCAGAGGAGCUUGGAAGGAAGGAAAACAGAGGGAAUGUGCAGGGAAGCAGGAAUUUUCUCCUUCUGGGGCCUGGCCUGCUGCCAGGAACAGCAGGGCAGAGCCCCUACCCUUGGAUGUUAUUUAUUCAUUUAUUUUUUGAGACAGUCUCUUGCCUUGUCACCCAGGCUGGAGUGCAGUGGAGCGAUCUCAGCUGGCAGCAACCUCCACUUCCUGGGUUCAGGGAUUCUCCUGCCUCAGCCUCCAGAGUAGUUGGGAUUACAGACACGUGCCACCACGCCAGGCUAAUUUUUGUAUUUUCAUUAGAAGUGUGGUUUCACCAUCUUGGCCAGGCUGGUCUGGAACUCCCGACCUCAUGAUCUACCUGCCUCAGCCUCCCAAAGUACUGGGGUGACAGGAGUGAGCCACCACACCCAGCCAGAACCCUUGGAUUUUGAGGAGAUGGCCUCUCUGCACACUCUCUUCUCUUAUGCUUCCGUUUCCCUUACCCCAUUUCCUUCCUCUUGUCCGUCUCUCUAUCUGUAUUCGUUUCCUAGGGCUGCCAUAACAGAGGACCACAACCUGGGUGCCUCAGCUAAAGAAAUGCCUUGUCCCACAGUUUGGGAGACCAGAAGACCAGGACCGAGGUUCGGGCAGGGUUGGUACCUGCUGAGGGCUCUGAGGGACAGCCUGUCCCAGGCCUCUCCCCACACCUCUGUUGGCUUGCUGGCGGUCUUUGGCAUUGCUUGGCUUGUAGAUGUGUCACUCCCAUCUCUGCCUUCGUCUACGUGGCCUUCUUUCUCCCUGGACAGAUGUCUGUGCCUAAAUUUCCCCUUUUUGUAAGAAUGCCAAUCAUAUUGGACAACGGCUCUCUCCGACUUUCUCUUGCUUUGUGUCUCUCUGGAACCACCUCCCCUGCCUGGCCCUUCAUGAUUCACCUUAUUGUGUAGGUCCCAGCCAUCCACCAGAGAUGGACGGAUGCCUCCCUGCGUGCCAGGCCUUGCCAGGACUCCUUUCCCUGCUUCUCCGGAGGUGGGUGUUGCACCCACGUGAUCCCACACAUCUCACACUGCAGCUUCUAGAUUCCCCUGCCUUUCUCAGACAGAACUUUCCUUCUGGAACACUGAAGAAGUCCUCUGUGAAGACUGCAGUUCCCAGCAGGGGUAUGUGAGUGUGGACAAGAAAAAGGGUAUCUUUGUAUCUAUGUGAGUCUGCAUACUUGGAGAAUUCCCUUCUAUUGAUCAAAAAAUACUCCAGCACAGAGCAGGACGUUCUCCUGAAUGAGCCUGAUCACUUAAAGCAUUUCCUCCUCAAAGGCAAUCCAUUUAGGCGAAGUGCAGAGCCAGCGGAGUUGAAAUUCAUCAGGAGGGGAAUGUUGGCCCCCAAAGCAUUAUGGCCCAUUAAGUCUGUAAUGUGGCAGAGGCCUCUGGGUAGCCAGAGUUCCUUCCUUCCUUAUGAAUUGCAAGGGCUGCUGUGACGGCACCUUCCUGUUACACUGGCUGUCAUACACACAAGCACUCAGACAUUCUCCUGGUGUUGCCUUCUUCCUUGGGCACCUGUGUCCAUAGUGGAGGAUGGUGAGUAGCUGGGUGACUCCUGCUUGGAUGUCACUGGAGACCAUGGGGUCCCUCCCACCACAGGUCUUAGGAUUAAGGAGCUGCAGUUUUCAUGGCAAUGAGCACCCGUUUUCCUGCUUAGAGCUUGGAGGACCCCAGGCCUGGGCUCUGGGAGGAAUAUAGAUGGAUACCUGGGUCCCUCUGCUCUCUCCCUUCUGCUAGGACCCUGGCCUGCUCAGCUCGACAAGGGUGGCUUGUUUUCUGUCUGGAGUGUCAGGCCUGCAUUGGGAGGGAAGGGGUGGGGCUGGACCCUCCAGCAUUGUGUAUGUAGGAGUAGGGUGGCGGGCAGGGUGAGUAGGACCUUUGUCUGACUAGGACCAACAGUUUUGAAAUGACUUGAAAAAAAUUCAAUCUUGGGGGAUUUCCAGCAUGAGUAAAACCUAGAGAUGUCUCAGAGUUUUGAGAAAGCCACCCCCUAUCAAGGAAGUCACCAGUUUCUGUCUCUACAGCCUCCCUCCCCCUGACCCCACUGUGGCUGCCUCCGUCCAGACUCUGUCCAGACCCUGGUCACCCACCCUCUAAGGCUUUGCCCCGUCCUCCCAGCUGGCUGGGUCUCCUCCCCUAUAGUCCGGGGCUUCUUCUUCCUCCCCAUGAGCACUGCCUUCACGUGGGGGUGCCUUGAUCAGAGUCGCCAGGGUAUUCUCUUACCUGGCCUUCCAGACCCUUCACCGUCCAGUCCAACCACAAUCUCAGCUUCACUGGUUCAGCAACCUGAACCCACUGCUCCAGCCCCUGGCCCUGCACAGCACACCUGCUGUGCCCAGCCUAUGCCCAGCCUAGAGUGCUCCCCCUUACAACUAGUUUAGCUUGACCUGUUCUCCGAUACCAGUUCUGAGUGUUCAUCCUCUGUGUUAGCCAAUCAGCAUGGCCCUCUUCUUUGUCAUUUGAGCUUUUUGGAUCCUUAGACUGGAACAUGGAACACUUCAGACUGAAGAGUUUACCUGCAAUUUGUCACCCCUAAAGUGUGUCUAUCUUGUCUACUUUCACAUUUAGUUUGGUUCAGUUUAACAAACGUGUGUGUGUGUGUGUGUGUGUGUGUGUGUGUGUGUGUUUGUGUGUGUGUGUGUGUCUGUCUGUCUGUCUGUUUUCAAGAAAUAUUUUCUGGGCUCACAAUAGUUCUGUCUCCUUGGUUGAUAUUUUGGGAGAUGAGGUGGGGAGUUGAGGCAGGAAGGAAGGGAAGCAGUGACCUGGAAUCAGAAAAACAGAGUUGGCCAGGACGGUGGCUCAUGCUUAUAAUUCCAGCACUUUUGGAGGCUGAGGCAGGUGGGUUACUUGAGCCCAGGAGUUUGGGACCAGCCUCAUCAACAUGGCAAAACCUUAUUUCUACAGAAAAAAAAACACAAAAAUUAGUCAGCCAUGGUGGCACGUGCCUAUAGUCCCAGCUACUCAGGAGGCCAAGUGAGCCGGGGAGGUCAAGGCUGCAGUGAGCCAUGAUGGUGCCACUGCACUCUAACCUGAGCGACAGAGCAAGACCCUAUUUCAAAAAACACAAAGGAAAAGCAGAGUUGUCUUAGAAGCAGAAGUGGAAGAGGUUGGGCAGAACAUGGUUAGAUCCAUUUAUCUGAGGAAGGCUGCAAGCAAGCAGACUGCUGUCUUGUGGCAGGGUGUGGGUGUGGGCCAGCCUCUUCAGCUGGAAGAAGGGGAUGGGGAGAGGCAGGGCAUCCCUUCAUGCUGGUGCCCCUUGGGAGGUACUGAGAGUUCCUGGUAGGCUACUCUGUUCCUGUCCCUUCCUCUUUGCUCUGAGAAUGGUCCAGCAGGCGGCCUGCAGAGCCUCUGGCUUUAGCUUGGCAAGAAGAUGUCUGACCUUGCCAAAAAGUCUUUAGUUCUGAGUUGAAAACAGUCCUUCUCCAUGGUCAGAUAUGACCAAGCCCCGUGAGUGGUGCCCACCUGGCAUGAGACGCUGUCAUGAAAGCCUGUGCUGGCCUCCCUGUUAAGUGGUGCAGCUUCCUUGCUUCCUGCUGACAGCAUCCAUCUCAUACCUGCCCUGGGAAAUGCCCUCACCUUGGGCCAUGUGAAUGUUUUUCAAAGCCAGAAAAAGAUUGUUUUGGUGGAACCAUCAAGAAUAGUUUAAGCCUAUGAUAUUAUUACCCUUUUUGUUACUGUCAUAUUUCUAUUUAAUGUAGUUAGAUGACUUGUUCUGAAAACCUAAAUUAAAGCACAGGCCAGGUGCAGUGGCUUAUGCCUAUAGUCCCAGUACUUUGUGAAGCCAAGGCAGGUGGAUUGCUUGAGUCCAGGAGUUUGAGAACAGCUUAGGCAAUAUGGCAAAACCCUGUCUCUACCUAAAGGAAAAAAAAAAAAAAAGCACAGAGGAGGCAUUUUGUUGAGACCAGAGUCAGCCCACAUCACAUUGUAGACACUUUUUUUUUUUUUUCCGAGAUGGAGUUUUCACUCUUGUUGCCCAGGCUGGUACGAUGGUACAAUCUCAACUGACCUCAGCCUCCACCUCCCAGGUUCAAGCAAUUCUCCUGCCUCAGCCUCCCGAGUAGCUGGGAUUACAGGUGUGCCCCACCAAGCCUGGCUAAUUUUGUAAUUUUACUAGAGAUGGGGUUUCUUCGUAUUGGGCAGGCUGGUCUUGAACUCCUGACCUCAGGUGAUCCAUCCACCUUGGCCUCCCAAAGUGCUAGGAUUACAGGCAUGAGCCACUGUGCCUGGCCAUAGACACCUCUUUCAAAGGCAAAGGUCUUCCUGGAUCCCUUUCCCUAAUCAGGGAAAAUGAGGUAGAUCCCUGCCUGGGUUUUCUCAGAAGCUGUUUUGUGUUUUCGCUUUUUCACCAUGGAAUAAGUUGCCCUUGGUGUCAUUCUGUUGAUCUUAGGGGUUUUGGAGUGGAGUGGAGGAUGAGGAAGGGGAGAGAGGAGCCUGCUGUCUGCCAGGCGUUGUGCUAUAGUUCCACGUCCUUGAUUCAGGCCUUACCCAAAGCCCACGGGAGGGCAGGUGUUGGCCUUCCCUUUUCAGAGGCCACUGGUCUCUUUGCUGGUGAUAUUCUGCGCUCUUAGCCUGAGUGGCCACUCUUUCCUGAAUUCCACCCUUCUCUCCACCCAGCUUGCUGGGAUUAGAACAGCCCAGAAACCCAAACUCUACUUAGCAGCACAUUCAUUUUUUACAGGCCUGAGAACGCUGAAGAAUGUGAAGCUUUAUUGCAAUGCUUUUAGAGAACGUUAGCUCAGCUCUGAGCCCCGUAGAAGGGUUUGCAAAGUCUAUUAGGCGGCAAAUGCCUUUAUGGCUUUGGAGUUAUAAGGUUGAUUUGAAAAAUUGGCACCUUAAUGGCUUACAACUGGAAUAAAUUUCCUGAAAUUGGACCUCAGAGGGAGACUUGGGUGCACACGAGGUGGCCUCUCCCCAUCUGGGUGCACACCACGCUCUGCAAAGGGUAUUACUGACCACGGCCGUCAGGACCCAGAGUCCCCUGUCAUGAGGGGAGAGGCCCUGUCACUCUUCAUUUCUCAAUAUGGACCCAAGGUUUAGUGGCAGUGACUGUGGGGAGGCUUCUGACUGGAAUUUCUUCCCACUGGCCUUUAAAAGGCCAGGGCCUGAGAAUUCCUGAAAAAUUAAUGGGGUCUCUGUGGGUUCUUUACACUUGCUGGUAACCUGGCCUCUCCCAGGCCCGCUGUGGCUCCCUGGCAUAAUAGCUGCUCAGCAGCUGGUCUUUUGUAUGCAAAUAUGACCUAAAGAUGUACGGGAGGCAGCAGUCCAUUGUUGUCCAAGACUGUGCGAUUUCAAACAGACACGGGCUUUUAAAAUAUUCCAGACAGAUAUUGAAAAUGUCAGCAGCGGGUUUCUCCCACUUACUUCUGGCCCAGCUCUUUUUUCCUCUCUCCCUCCCCCUGCCACCUACCCCACCAUAAAAUAUAAUCAAAAAGCUAGUAAAUAAUUGAAAGAAUUGCCUCAAAGGAUUUGCAGACUAGAAAGAGACUCCCUUCUCUGGUUUAAGUUGGGAGAAACUGUUUUCAUUUUUUUUUUCCCCAAGAUAUUUAAAAUAUUCAGGAGUGUCCCACAGGGUCUUGAACUCAUAAGUGUCUGCAUUUUUCUCGCUGUACUCUCAUCCCCUCUUUUCUUUAUUGAUUUUUUUUUAAGGUUGCUUUCGGCAACAUUUAGGUCCAACUUUCAAAUGAAAAUCAUAUUUCAGAUACUGGUCUUAAGUCAGACCAACUUAAGGUCUGUUUCAUUCAUCCAAGUUCUGUGCCCCCUGCUCUUUAGUUUAAUGAGAGUGGAGGGAAUCUUGGCUGCUGUGAUUUUUCAUCCUAUUAAUUUUUUUCAAAGGGAUCCUUAUCUCGUGAGCAGAAGGGAGUGAUGUCUUAUAUGUGAAGUCACUGUGUAUAUUCUUACAUCCGCCCACGCUGGUGCCCUCCCUACUCACCUUGAGAAGGUCUCUGGGUAGCCAGAGGUUAGACUAGGAUGAGGGUGCACAGACUGGAAAGAAAUAAACAAACCUCUUAUUGACCAUAUCUCUGUCCCUGAAGAUAGGCAUUGCCCCUCCUGGAAGAACUCUCAAGUAGGUAUGCAUUUCUGAGCCUCCCAGCAGUCCCGAGGCCAGGAAACUGGCUGGCCAUGUGGAGAUGAUGGUACCUGGGAUAUGGUACCUUCUUGAAAAGCACUGGAUGGAUAGAAAAAAGGAAGAAGUAUGAAUGGAUGAAUAAAGGGAAGAGAAAAGAGGAAGGACAGAUGCAUGUAUGGAAUGACAGAUGAAGGCUGGAUGUGCAGAUAGGUGAAUGAAAGUAAUGGCCGACGGAUGGAUAGAUGGACAGCUGAGAGAUGGAUGCAUGGAUAGACAGGUAGAUAGAAGGCCAGCUGAAGGAUGGAUGGGCAGAUGGAUGGAUGAAAGGAAGGAAGAACUGGUGAAAGAUGGCUAGAUAGGUGGAUGGAUAGACAGAUAGACGGAAGGAAGGAAAGAAGGAUGAUAGGUACCCGCUUUCCCCUUUAGUAUUUAUUCUCUUGUGCUAUAGCCAACCAGAGGCUGUUCCCCAGGCCUGCCCCUAGAAGGUGGGGAGGGUGAUUCAGGACCCCUAGGAUACCGAUUCCAGGGAAUCCCGACAGUCCUCCUUGAACACUUACAGAUGCCUCUGUUGACUGACCCUCCAGGAAGCCAUUCUUAUAGCAUCCCUUUCAUUUUAAAAGCAUAGUAUUGCACUUAGACAGCCCGCCCUCUACUUCUUCUGGGAUUGCCCCUCUCCUCUGUGAGGGACCUGCACGCCAACACUCUCUGGCUCAUUUUGGGGUAUCUGGCUGUCCCCUGCCAAAGAGCCAGAUGUGUCCUCUCUGGGUCCAGCCAACAAAGGUCACCUCCUUGGCACUGUGGUCUGUUGACUGAAGCCGGCGCCUCAAGCCUGGGAAUGUAAAGCAUGGUGGCUAAGAGCUCAGGCUCUAGAGGCAGAUGGGACUGCAAUUGAAUCCCUGCCACCAUUUACUGCCUGUUAUGUAACUUCUUAGAGCCUUAGUUUCCUCAUCUGUAAAAUGGGAGAAGGAGUCUCUACCUAAGGGUGUUGUGAGAAUUCAGUGAGACGAGGCACAGCACGCAGAGUCCUGGGAAACAUGCAGUGGCUGGUACGUUACACUCGAAUGCAAUACAUGUGGCGUUUAUUGUUGUUACUACGAAGAUGGUGAGACUGACAUCUUUUGAGGAAGAGAUAGGAAGAAUCCUGGGCUGCUGAGAUGAGGUGCGGGCACACAGCACACAGCUUGCCGAGGUGUCUUGAGCUGUCAUAGUGCUGGGCACACAGUCGGUGUGGUAGAGUGGCUGCCCAGGACGCGGGUCUCCAGGGCCUCACCCGGGCAUCCGGUGUGCUCUGUUGUGAGGAUGGUGAGCACUGGGGAGGUGCUGGAAGGGGCUGAGAGGAGUCAUUAGCUGACCUCUCUCUGCUUGAGACAGAAUGUUUUCCCUUCUCCUUUUGUUCCUGUAACUGACCCUCUGACAGUUUCUUCUCCCUUGAAAGCAGAGGCCCUGAGUCUCCUCCAGCUGUCAGUUUGCCUGCUCCCUUGGGCUUAGACUCAGACACAGGCUGCCUGAGACCAGCUCUCACCUUCGUUUCUGCCUUGAAGAAAGGCUGCUUUCAAGUUGGUAAAAGCCUCAGGAGACCGUGGGGCGGGGGGCUCCAAGAGCUUCUUUGUGCUCUGAAAUCCAGAAUAGCCCUGGCCUUGUCAGCUCUGAGGAGCCUUCCAGAAAAACAGAAGUUCUUGACUUCGGCCUCAUCUCCUAGCUCCUGUUCUUCUCUAUUUUAAAGCCCUUAAGAAGGGAGGUGUAAGUCCAUGGUCUGUAAGCAUAAAGGAUUUUUAAACUAAACAAGAAAACCAAUUAUUUUUCUAACUGCUUUAGUCCUUCAAAUCUUUCACUGUAAUGGAGAUUUAGAACCAUCACAGUUGGGCUAUUAUUUCUGUGUAAACAGUGUCAUGCCCUAUUGCACCAAGCAAACAGUCAAUUUUUUCCAUUACACUUAGACACAGAUGAUGAGGGUGCCGAGUCGAUGGUCUCCGGAGCAGGUUCUAGUUGAUGGGGAGUGCGUGACCGUGUCGGAGGUGAGGAAAGGGUUAAGGCUUACAGGGGAUUUUGGUUCUUACCCAGGGGUCACCUCUUUGGCUUCAAAGCUCUGUUAAUCUUCAAGCCUUGGCUUGUGAACCUCCUCUCUUCAGAGCAGGGAGACUGGGGGAGAGAGAAGAGUUGGUGGGUAAGGGCUAAUGUGAGAAGGGCAGGAGCUGAAGUUUCUUUCAGCUAGAGCACGUCUCCAGUGUCGUCAUCUCGAGUCUGCCUUCUUCCAGAUGGUUCUGCUUUUGGAUCUUCUGGAGUGCACAUCUGAUUUUGCAUUCCACUGCUUGUAGCCCUGGGAUAGAAUGCAGACAGCUGCAUGGCCCAUGGGCCCAUCCUGUGGUGCCCACCUGGACUUUGCUUCUCUAGCACUAACUCUCUGUGGACCCCUGCUGAUGCCAUGUUGCAUCAUGCUCUCUGCCCAGAAUAUUCUUCCUACCUCUUCUUUCUCUAGCUUAAUGCCUUUUCAUCCUCCAGGACCCAGCUCAGAUGCUGCCUCCCCCAGGAAGCCCUUCCCCCACCCCAAGGCUGGCUCCAGACCUGUCAGGUGCUGCCCUUCAGUUCCUCUCUUCUAGCACACACCCCUGUGCCCUGCACAGCUUUGACAUAUAGUACCUCCACAUUGAAAUUUUUAUUUUUUUGAGAUGGAGCCUCGCUCUGUUGUCCAGGCUGUAGUGCAGUGAUGUGAUUUCAGCUCACUGCAACCUCCACCUCCCGGGUUCAAAUGAUUCUUCUGCCUCAGCUUCCCUAGUAGCUGGGACUACAGGCAUGCACCACCACACCUGACUAAUUUUUGUAUUUUUAGUAGAGACUGUUUCAUUAUGUUGGCCAAGCUGGUCUUGAACCCCUGACCUCUGGUGAUCCUCCUGCCUCUGCCUCCCAAAGUGCUAAGAUUACAGGCAUGAGCCACCUUACCUGCCCCACACUGAAUAUUUAUAAAAUGAAUAGAUGAGUCCCCCAGAAGCUUCCCCCAGACCUAGCUGGCAGAGUAGGGUCAAAGAAUAGUUGAUUGUAUGCACCGGGGCGGCCAUCAGCCUUGCUGUCCACAGCAGGGAUGGAGACAGCAGUGCUCCCGGCAGCCAGUAGCUCCUGCAGGUGGAAGGUGGUAAAGCAAAAAGCUGAAGAAGGCGGACCCUGAAGCCAGACAGCCUGGGUUCAAAUCCCAACCCCACCACUGUCACUUGGGCAAGUCACUUAAACUCUCUGUGCCUCAGUUCCCUUAUCUGCAAAAUGAGGUUAAUAACAGUACCUACAUCAUAGGGCCCUUAUGGAGGUUAAGUGACUUGCCAGUGAAGCGAGCAGUGCCUGGUCUGGAGCGACCGCCCUAGGAGGGAUGGCUGUUAGCGUUCUCUUUAUGAUGAUGCUGCUCUCUUGGCUCUGCCCAAGCUUGCUUCCGGCCCAUCUGAAGACCUUGCUUAGAGCAGAGGUGGGGACCCCAUGUGGUAUGUAACCCUGGGGUUGGUGGCUGCUCCUGUGGACAGGUCACCUCACACCCUACCCCCUACUCUCUGGUUUAUGCCUCCUGCCUGGCCUCUGAGGCACUUGAGUUUGUGGCUUCUGUAUUGACUUUAGCUCCAGCCAAGGCUUCUCGAAUCCAGCUGGCUCUGCUAACAGACUCAGCCGUCAACCUGCGGUAUUUAUGGAGCACUUUCUGUGUACAAGCGUGGUACUCACAGGUGCCCCGUUGGUCAUGAAUGCCGGAAAGAGUACAUUUGAGCUGCUCCCUAAUCCCAUGAGGUAGGCCAGGCUGGUGUCACUCUUCUUGUUUUCUCCAGAUGAAGAAAUUGAGCCAGAGAGAAACUCAAGGCAUGCAGCUGCAGGAGAUGAUACAGCUGUAACCCCCACACUGCCCCCCUCCCCUUGCCGCCCCCAGCCUGGGCCCUGCUGUUGAACAUUUUUGUUUUUCUCCUCCAGACAAGUACCCUCUCAGCCCUGGCCUCUGCAGUAGGCCUCUAGGUCCACUCCUGCCCCAGAGCACCAGCUUCCUGGAAAGCCAUCAGCAUCUGGAGGAGAUGAGAGGGGAGGGGAGGGGAGGGGAAAGGUCUUCAAUUACGGAAUGCCUGGCCCCUUUCUCACUCAGAGGCUUCCUGCCUGAGGGGCUGGUCCUCCAGAUCUUGAGCUUGAGCAGAGGGGCUGAGGGCUGCAGAGCUGAGAUGCAGCUUCUCUUGCUGUGGGUGGGUGGGCCCUCACUGACACAGGGGGUGCGGGGGAGAGACUCAGUAGGGUGUUUGAGUUUCUGCCGCUUCCUGCCUGCGAGGGGACCUUGCUUUAACCAAGGUUGAGAGCCAAAAUGAUGGAUGCUCACGAAAGACAAAUUAGGAGGGGAUUAUCAUCUCACAAAAGAAGUCUUCUAAAGUAAACUCAUGAGCACUCAGAGUGAGAGCCGGUUCACGGACGGCCUGGCAGGCUUACCUACGCUCGGUCCAGGGACCCCCCUCCUUUUGGCGGGGGCAGGAGGAGCCCUGCAGAUGAGAUCCCUUUAGUGAAGGAGUAGUGACUGCGGGGUCCCAGAAGACAGAUAACCCAGCCACAGUAGGCAGGUGGGGGGGUGGGGGGCGACACCUUCUGACCCGUAGUUGAAGGUGGCAGGAAGGGAGGGGUCAGUGUCCUACAGACCAGGGACUUUCUUUGGGGCCAGCCCCAUCUGAACUUGAACCCUAGCUCUGCUGCCAGCUGGCCUCACAACCUGGAGCAAAUCCCUUAAUCUUUCUGAGCCUUAUUUUGCUCAUCUGUAAUAUGGGAAUAAUGCUCAUAGUGACAAUCAGAACUGUUGUCAUUGUGUUGCUGUGAGGUUGAAACACUCAGCAUGGAUCCUGGUAUGUCAUAAACAUUGUGUGGUGGUGGCUGUUACUCGUCCUGUCACUUGGAGCUGCCUUCUACCCUGCGGCAAGUUUGGCUUUUGUGAACCUCUUUCCUACUCAUAGGGCACUAUCCAUCAUUGAGUUUUCCCAUUAAGCUAGUUUUCUUUUUCUUUUCUUUUCUUUUUGAGAUGGAGUCUUGCUCUUGUUGUCAUCCAGGCUGGAGUGCAAUGGUACAAUCUUGGCUCACUGCAACCUCUGCCUCCUGGGUUCAACCGAUUCUCCUGCCCCAGCUUCCUGAGUAGCUGGGAUUGCAGCACCCGCCACCACGCCCAGCUAAUUUUUUGUAUUUUUAGUAGAGAUGGGGUUUCACCAUGUUGGCCAGGCUGGUCUUGAACUUCUGACCUCAGGUGAUCCGCCUGCAUUAGCCUCCCAAAGUGCUGGGAUUACAGGCAUGAGCCACUGCGUCUGGGCUGCCACUUUUCUUAAAAUGUCCUUUGAAGCUAAUGGGCGGAUCACCUUCCCUUCCCAGAAGCCCUGGGCUGCCUGCUUGGGGAUUUGCCCAUGUAUUUUGUCUGUAAUGCAUAAUAUAUAUGCUUGUGUGAGUAUGUGUGCGUAGGUCCCCCCACACGGAUGUAUAUAUAACUCAUUCCCCAAAGAGAGAUUUAUUUCAAGGCACAAAUGCUUCUGGUUAGCUUCUGUGUGGAUCUGAUCCAGCCCAGAGCCUUUGCCAUGAGUAGAAUUCAUUGACGGCAAAAGGAAAUGAAAACAAACAUUCCCUGACAUGGGGCAUUUCCGUCGGGGGCCUCUGGGAAUUCUCCUCCUCUAUUAAAAUAUCUACCAAAUUGGACAGAGGAACUUGGCAGCCGCAGCCUGAGCUCCUUAAUUGUUUCUGUGGGGAGGGUAUGGGCAGAAGCUAUGCUCUGGCCUCUCUUCCGGAACCUUCCUCUCACCACUGAAGUGCAGGAGGAUGCGGCCCUUUGAGAACAGAGGAUGUCUGGGUGCCCCUGGAAUCCAGCUACUACCCAGCAUGUCUGGACAGCUGCCCAGGGAUGUUGAGGGGAGAGUGGCUGCUCCCUGGUCCUCUGCAAGCAGCUCUUUGUAAAGUUUGCAGGGGAAGGUGGCCAGUGGCAGGGAGCUCACGUUGCUGAGCUGAUUUGCAGCCUUCUGAUUAGCCCCAGCAGACGGAAUAUGAAUGUGGUUUUGAUCACAACCAGCUGAUGGGAGCUGACCCAGACUUCUUAUGAUUUUGCUGUUUUUUUUGGUUUUGUUUUUCCGUCUCCUUCCUCUUCCUUAUGGGGAAGAUGUUUCUUUUAUGAAUGAAUUGGCUUCAGGGGACAGAGUUCAGGACAGAGGCAGAUGAGGAGAUAGGAACUGUCACGCGAAGUUGAGGGUAUUUGCUAAUCGGCAGCAUUCACGCUUUUUUCCUCCCUCUCUUCCCUUAAAAAUGGGCCAGGUACUUUUCCUGGGACCUCUUGAUGUGCACUGGUAUUCAUAGCAGUGGGGUCUAGACGUGCUCAUUUAUUCAGCAUCUCAUUUAAUCCUUCUGCAAGAUAGUUACAACAAUUUCCAUUGUACCCAUCUGGAAGCCGAGUCCCUGUGAAGCCGAACGUCCCCUCCAAAAUGACAGAGCUGGUAAGUGGCAGAGCUGUUCAACUCAGGCAGACCAGGCUCCAAGCCAGGCUCCUCCACCUUGGCACCACUGACGUUGGGGUCCAGAUGAUUCUUUGUCGUGGGCACUGUCCUGUGCAUUGUGGGAAGUUUCCCAACAAUGGGAAACUGGCCUUUACCUGCUGCAUGCCAGUAGCACCAGCCACCCCCAGGCAUGGCAAUCAAAAAUGUCUUCAGGUGUUGCCAAGGUCCCCUGGGAGGCAAAAUUGCCCCUGGUUGAGAAUCACUACUCGAAACCUAUAUCCUUUCUUCUGCCCAGUGCCCUCCCCAUGCCACUCUGUAUGCCUUUGUGGGUUUUUCUUUGGAGACAGUCUCGCUCUGUCACCCAGGCUGAAGUGUAGUGGCGUGAUCUCGGCUCACUGCAACUUCUGCCCCACCGAGUUCAAGCAAUUCUCCUGCCCCAGCCUCCUGAGUAGCUGGGAUUACUGGCAUGCACCACCACACCUGGCUAACUUUCUUGUAUUUUUAGUAGAGAUGGGGUUUCACCAUGUUGGUCAGGUUGGUCUCCAAACUCCUGACCUCAAGUGAUCUGCCUGCCUCAGCCUCCCACAGUUCUAGGAUUGUAGGCAUGAGCCACUGCGCCCGGCCUCGGUGUACUUUUGAAUGCUAAGGUGAUCAGUAGACUUCUGAGGUGAUUGAUCCAGUAUGGCCAACACAUAUUCAAAAAAUAUGCAGUAACUGUGUAUUGAACCUCUGUGGUGUGCAAGGCACUGGAAGGUGUAGGGACUAAGAGUGAAACCCCAGGCAGGAGCUCAUUGCUGUGCCCAGGAGCUGAAGGAGUUACCAGAAAGACUAGGCAGGGCCCCCUGUUCUCACAGAGGUCCGCGUUGAGUGGGACAUUCACAGUCUUGCUGAGUAACAGAUGCUCGCUUUUGGUUCUCGGAUGGGCAGAUGGUGGGAACAUGGGUGAGUGUGCGGGUGUGCCCUAAGGACACAUGAGUGCGCACAAGAGAGGAAAUAAUAAGGCCCAGGUGGCAUCUGUGGGGCGUCUGGUCACUCCUCAUCAGGACCUGAUAGGUAGUGUACUGUACUGUCGCCUAAAAUAAACCUCCCCCUUGCUUUAUCUGAGGGCCUGCAUGCACUUCUCAUUUCUGAAAAGCCCAAGACAUUUUUUUUCAAAUCUCUUAUUGUUUUUGAAAAUUUGCCUUUAAAACAAACAUGAAGAAAGGCUUCUAGGCCUUUGCUCUUGUAGUGUCAAUUAAUUGGUACCAAAAAUAUCUGCUAGUGCCACCCAUAACCCCAUAUUCUCAGGGUGUCAGAACCCUGGAGAGACUAGGAUUCCAUGGAAGUCCUUCUGAAGAGCUCCAGAAAGGAGCUAGUGAGAAAAGAGUGUUGUCUAUGUGUGUGUGUAUGCAUGCUGUGUACACAUGUGUAUGCUCACACACGAAAAGAACAUCAGGUUCACUUUCUCCUUACACACACACACGCACACGCACAAAAAGAACGUCAGGUUGUUCCUUUUCUCCUUAUACACACACACGAAAAGAACAUCAGGUUCCUUUUCUCUUUACACACACACACACACACACAUGCACAAAAAGAACAUCAGGUUGUUCCUUUUCUCCUUACACACACACACGAAAAGAACAUCAGGUUCACUUUCUCCUUACACACACACACACGCACACGCACAAAAAGAACAUCAGGUUGUUCCUUUUCUCCUUACACACACACACGAAAAGAACAUCAGGUUCACUUUCUCCUUACACACACACACACACGCACACGCACAAAAAGAACGUCAGGUUGUUUCUUUUCUCCUUACACACGCACACGAAAAGAACAUCAGGUUCACUUUCUCCUUACACACACGCACACGCACAAAAAGAACGUCAGGUUGUUCCUUUUCUCCUUACACACACACACGAAAAGAACAUCAGGUUCACUUUCUCCUUACACACACACACACACGCACACGCACAAAAAGAACGUCAGGUUGUUCCUUUUCUCCUUACACACACACACAAAAAGAACAUCAGGUUCACUUUCUCCUUACACACACACACACACGCACAGGCACAAAAAGAACAUCAGGUUGUUCCUUUUCUCCUUACACACACACACACACACACACAUGCACAAAAAGAACAUCAGGUUGUUCCUUUUCUCCUUACACACACACACGUACGCACACACACAAGAACAUCAGGUUGUUCCUUUUCUCCUUACACACACACAUGUACGCACACACACAAGAACAUCAGGUUGUUCCUUUUCUCCUUACACACACACACACACGCACGCGCACACACACAAAAAGAACAUCAGGUUCUUUUUCUCCUUACACACACACACACGAAAAGAACAUCAGGUUGUUCCUUUUCUCCUUUAAAAACUCCAAGAAUGCAUUUCAGACUCCUGUCUGCCAAUCUCCUGUCCUCCCCCAGAAAUCCUUGGUUAAGUCUUUAGACUCAAUAACAACAACAAAGAACAAAGCCACAGACAAUCUCCCCCUCCCGACAAUGUCAGCUGUGAACCAAAGAUCUGAAUAGCCUUUAAAAUUGUUUUAUUGUUGUCAGCGCUGCAGAAUGGUGUGUAAUCUUUGUGUUCUGGAGAAUCUUUAAUUGGCACAAAAGGGCAGUUUAGCCGGCAUCUUGUAGGAGGUUUGUCAUGCAAACGGUUAGUGCCUGCCACUCACAACAUAUAGGACUAUCCAAGCUGAUUUACAUUAGCAGCUCCCUCUGGUUAAUAGCCUUGUAUAUUUCCUGGGGGUCUCUGAGCAGAAGUCAAGGGAAGAUGAGGCUUCCCUCCCCUCCUCUGCGUUCAUACUGCAUUGCAACCCAUUAGGAACCUCCUGGCACCUUGCCCUGAUCCUGGGUGGAGGUUAGGAUUGUGCAGGUUGGGUCCCUCACAUAGGUGGGAGCCUGUAACCAUCCAACCAUUUUGUCUUGAGUGACCUACUGGGGUGCAAAUCCUAAACAAGCUGUCCUUCUUGCUACCUGUGUUGGGUAGUGCUGGCUGCGGAUAUAACUGAACCCCAAAAUUUCAGUGCUUAACAGUAGAAGUUGGUUUCUUGCCCACUUAACAGUUCAGUACAGAGGUUCCUGGUUGCCUUUUCCUCUGUGCAGUGAUUCAAGGAUCCAGGUUGAUUCAAGGAUGCAGGUUCCUUCCAUCAUACAGCUUUGCCGUCCCUUAGGACCUCAGCGUGGCUGAGUGUUGGGCACCACACUAAGCUCUUUGGAUAUUUGACCUCAUUUAACCGUUACAACAGCUCUUGGAAGAUGACAGUGUUUUCAUUUGACAGGUGAGAACAUUGAGAUUCAGAGGGGCUCAGUCUUUUGUUGGGGACCACAUGGGAAUAUCAUGAGUUUUCCAGAGCCAAGUAAGGAAAUAUGUGGUUCUCCUCCUAAUCCCCAUCCCCCCAACCCAUCUAGAUCUGUCUGUUCUCACUCUCUUUCCCAUUUAAAACUUGUAAAGCAAGGUUCUUCGUUUCCAAGUCCUCAUCCCCAUGUGGCCAGCUGUCUCACGCUUAGCAAGUCUUUGACGGGACUUUCUGAUAGUGGGGGCAGAAAAAUUCCACCAAAUUGAGGCUGGCCUUAACUGUGGAAAAGUACGGUAGGGUCGGAAGAUGGAUUCUUGACCAUUCACUGUGUUGGUGCAUAAGGCCUGGUGUGUGUGUGUUGAAGGGUGAGGAAGCAGGGAACUGUUUAUCUGAACUCUGGAGAGGUAAAAACACAGCAGGUGGGCCCCACAGAAGGAAUCUCUUGACAAACUGGGCUUUCUCGUGACACGACUGCCUCAUAACGGAUUCAGCAUCUGGCAAUUUCACCAGAAGCCGACUGCCGGUGAGCCUGGCUGUUCGAAACCCUUGACACUGCUGAUCACAAAUGGGUUUCCUUUUGACACCCUGCACUGCUCUGGAAAUGGUCUUGAUCAAGCAACAGUCGUAGUUAACCGAAACCUGUCUACUAGAAUUCUCCUCCUUCCCCACCUCCCACAAGCAAAGGGAUAUUUAUGUCUACAGAGGAAAAUGAAAAUGGCCCCUCACCCCCUAGCCCUGCAAAGAUUGUACACAUUUCUACAAAGCCUCCUGAGUGCUCUGAAAGUGGCUUUUGCUUAUGCAUUGAUGCAGAACACACCCAGGGGACUAGUCUAAGCCAGGGAGGGCCCCAAGAGAAGGCUGUGUGCUGGGGGUGGAGAAGUUGGCAAAAGGAACAGCUUCUGAAGGCUCGAGGUCUCUGGGAGGAAGCUUUCUCUUCUUAGAUGUUGAGGACUUGACAUCCCUGUCCCUCCUGGGUGAUUCCUGGCAGAAAGAUCAGGAACAAGUGGCAGUCAUGAGUGGAAGGUAUUUCAAGGCUCAGAAGCAAGAGACUAUCAGAGCCCUGGUUUAGUUCACCUCACUAGCCCCUUCUGUGCCUCCAGGAGUGGAGAGAGAGCCGCAGCUAUUCUCUCUUCUCCCUGCUAGGAUGCUGGCUGCAAAUGAUGGGGUCUUGGGCUGCUGGGGAGUUGGGAGGACUGACAGCAAUAGGGAUGAAGGACACUGUGAGACCAGCCCCACAGCCUCAAGCCAUUUCUUGGGAAUGGAGCUUUGAGUGUUGGGGUUGAGGGUAGAUUUUGCAUGUAGAGAGUGCGGAGCCUCUGCCCGGCCUGGUCCUGCCAAGACUCACCCACCCAGAGAAGCUCUCGGGUCAUCUUACAUGCUCUGCAGUCUUUUCGAAGAUAGUAUGUCACACUGUUCACAUUGAUGGGGGGCCCCUGGCUGCAGGCCAAAAGCCAGCAGACAGUUCAUCUAGGGGCCCCCUCUUUACCUCUGGGGGAGCUUGGCCUCUGCUGAUGAGGAGAGGCCAUUUGGCAGAAUCUGCAAGUCAGAAUGGAUGACGCCUAGUGGGCCCCGGAUUCUAGAAUCCUCGGUGCCCUGCUGGCUCUGAUGUACAUCUUUAAAGAUACUUUUCCAGUACAAAAGCACCAGAGAAGCCUUUAUUUGUUACUUAAUGCUUGUGUUUUGUUUCAAAUUACAGAACUCAAAGCCUUUAGGAUGCACUGCAAGAUACUUUAGUUUCGUUUCUCAAGAACAGUCCACAGGCCCCUGAAACACGCAUUGUACUCUCAUCUCCCUGACAAAACCCAGUGAGAUAGACAGAUUACCACUGACGUCUCCUUGUUACAUCCAAGGCCGGCACUGAUGUCACUGGGUUUUUGAAUUCUCAUGUUGAGCCAGAGAUAUGACGAAGGCCACUGUGGGGUCCUAGAGUGCUCUGGGAGAAGCAUGCAGCGGUUUUCAGAGUCAGAAGGAAUUCAGGGAUCCUGUUGUAGAUUUUAGUGUAAAGCAGCCUUGGUUUUGGCCAUGGGCAAGAGGCCAAGCCAUUUGACUUUUGUUCCCCUUCCCAUUGCUGAAAUACUGAUUACUUCUCUCUAGGAAACAAGCAAGGACUUAACUGUUUAACCUUUCAGAGAUUCACUACUUGGUCUCUUUGCUGCUGCAUUUGUUCAUUCGUUCGUUCGUUUGUUCAUUCAUUCAGUCAUUGAGUGUGUGCUGUGUACUAAUGCCUUCCUAUGCACUAGGGUGGAAAACAGACAGAACUCCAGCCUUCAUGGAGCUUAAUUCUGGCAGAGGGCUGCCAGCCAAACAAGCGGAAGACUGUGUGAGCCCCAGGGGUAACAGAUGAGGAACUGAACUAGAGGGAGGCAGAAGACGGUGUGUGUCCUGGGGGUAACAGAUGAAGAACCGGACUAGAGGGAGGCAGAAGAAGGUGUGAGCCCCGCGGGUAACAGAUGAGGAACGGGACUAGAGGGAGGCGGAAGAAGGUGUGAGCCCCGCGGGUAACAGAUGAGGAACCGGACUAGAGGGAGGCGGAAGACGGUGUGAGCCCCGGGAGCAACAGAUGAGGAACAGAACAAGAGGGAGGUGGAAGACGGUGUGAGCCCCGGGGGUAACAGAUGAGGAACAGGACUAGAGGGAGGGGGUGGGAGUGCUUUGGGAGGAUGGCACCUUCCAGCUCAUAGAACCGUACAAAAUGGCAGUCUUGGGCUGCUGGGGGGUUGAGAGGACUGACAGCAGCUGGGAUGAAGGACCCUCUGAGACCAGCCUCACAGUCUCAAGCCAUUUGUUGGAAAUAGGGCUUUGAGUUUUGGGGUUGAGGGAGAGGCAACCCUCUUGCCUUGCAUAUUGGGGCGUGGAGGAUUUGGAGAUGGGAAAGGUUAGUUUUUUUUGUUUUUUAAGACAGAAUUUCACUCUGUCUCCAAGCUGGAGUGUAGUGGUGUGAUCUCAGCUCCCUGCAAACUUUGCCUCCCAGGUUCAAGCGAUUCUCCUGCCUCGGCCUCCUGAGUAGCUGGGACUAUAGGCAUGUGCCACCAUGCCCAGCUAAGUUUUGUAUUUUUAGUAGACACAGGGUUUCACCUUGUUGGCCAGGAUGGUCUCCAUCUCUUGACUUUGUGAUCUGUCCACUUCAGCCUCCCAAAGUGCUCGGAUUACAGGAGUGAGCCGGCUGGAGAGGUUAGUUUUACCUGGAGCAUAGGUUCUUCCAUAUGUCGUCAUAUUUCUGGAAAGGAAACCCUGGCCUUUGGGCCUUAACUGUCUUCUCUGGACUCAGUGUUCCUGAUUGCAUUUUUUUCAGAAUGGGUUGUUUUUCCAACCCUGCUCUGGGUAAAACAUCCCAGAUACUCCAUUUUAAUAUUUAAGGUCUAAUUGUAAAUGAUACUAUAUUUAAUUAUAGGAAAUUCAAUAUUUCUUUCAAUGAAGGGCAGGAAGGACAUAUCAAAAGAAUCAGGACUAGAAAUUCUGGUUCUCAAGUAAAGCAAGGCAGCAGUGAAAGACUCAGACACAUCUGCACUAACUGGAGCCGCUGAACUUUGUAUUAUUGUUUGUUCUUCACGGUGGGGUGUCACCUGGACAGAAAAGUUCUCAUGGCCACAUCUGAGCUGCCAUCCCUGAGAUAUACUCUGCGCUAGACAGGCACCUUCACCUAUGAUCCAUUUGAUCCCCAUGGAUAGGUCUGAGAAGUGGGAAUCUAAUAUUUACACAUUGGGAGCCUAUGGCUUGGGGUGAUUGAGUAAUAGAUCAACAUUCUGCCGGCAUUCAAACCCAGGUCAGAACCAGUGAAAUGUCAAUUAUCCUUUUACUUCACAUUACCAACUCACGAAGGUCCAUUUAUUUUUUUUGAGAUGGAGCCUUGCUCUGUCGCCCAAGCUGGAGUGCAGUGGCGCAAUCUUAGCUCACUCUACUUCCCGGGUUCAAACAAUUCUUCUGCCUCAGCCUCCUGAGUAGCUAGGAUUACAGGUAUCCACCACCAUACUUGUUUAAUUUUUGUAUUAAUAUUUUUGUAGAGAUGGGGUUUCACCAUGUUGGCCAGGCUGGUCUCAAACUCCUGAUCCUAAGUGAUCCGCCCACCUCGCCUCCCAAAGUGCUGGGGUUACAGGCAUGAACCGCUGCACCCAGCCACGAAGGCUUAUUUGUCAGGACAAAAAGCUGUUUCAAAUAUCAGCCUAGCAACGUUAAAAUACGAAGAAUUAAUGUUAGCAUGUUAGGUAUCAGUGUAACCAUUAAAAACAAAAAACCUCAAAAUGAAAACCUCCAAAAGAUAUAACUUUCUUAAUAUUUCUUAGGCCAAUAAACAGGACUCAUGUUGAUGUUAGCUGAAGUUCAGGCUUCAACCAGCAGCAGGAGAGUUUUGAAGCUGGGGAAGAGAUUUCUUGUCACCUUCAUCAGAGUAUCUGCCUUACCCUAAGCCCUUGAGUAAUAUAUUCAGAAUUUCGAGAUUGGAUCAUGUGAGCAGGACUUAACAGGCCUACCUCUGCCUGAGCUUGGCUGGGUUUCAGACCUCAGCUGCAGAGAUGAUGCACUAUAAAUAGAUGAGGGAAAGAGAUUUAGCACAAAAAUCCUGUGUUCUCAGAAUUGCCACCUUCUACCUUUUGGGCCAAGCUGUCCUAGUGUUGAGGCCAUGAUGUUUGCCUCGGUAACUUGGCAUGAGUUAGUUUUCAUGCCAGCCCACAGCCCAGCCACACAUCCAUGGUUCCUUGAUAUUAGGGGAGCAUUGACAAGAAGGCGACUUUCGCCUUUGCCCUGAAUAUGAGGAAUACAGUUAGGGAACGUCUUCCUUAGUGGCAUGCUCAGUGAAAGGAAUGGGUUUUUGUUGCCAGUGACCAUUAGGAUUGGAAGACUGGAGAUGACAUUGAUAAGGGAGGCUCAGAGGGUUUCAGUGACUCGUAGUACAGGAUGAUAUACACAAGGCACUGGAGAAAGACCCAUUUCCUCUGGGUUCAUGAUAAUUACGAAUGCCUUUGGUGAUGUCCCCGGGCUGGGAACCAUUCUGGGUGCAAAAAAGUCUGCGUUUUCAGUGACAAGGUGUUAAAGCCUGCAUUUCCCUAUAGUUAGUAGUUACUACUGCUUAGCUUGAUUUCCUUGAAGAGACUGAAGAGUAGCAGCUGGAAAGUAAUGUCUUUCAAAAGGAUUUAUCUGUUCGACUGAAAAGCCUGGAACCAAAAUAAUCUAACCUAUUCCACCCAAAUAAAUAAGUCAGCAAAUAAGUCUGCUCUCAUUGUAUUGUCUUCUUCAUAAAUAUCCUUUAAAUUGACGCUGAGUGACAAGAUCUGCUUCUGCCACUAAAAUGGUAUCACUGAUGAUAUUGAAAGAGCCUUUAAAAUACCACAAUUGUCAUUGAAACUAUACUUUGCCUUUUUUCCCCCCUUCUCCUUUGCUAGUAACUAGGUCUCUUUGGGAAUUUUUAAAGUGACAAUUGGUAGAUUGUACUCAAUGAUAUUUCUUCCACAUAAUACUUCUGAGUGCCACUCAACUCUGCCUUGAUUGGCUCCAGAUAUCCCAAAGAAAAACAUUUCAUUUGAGAAUGUAAAGCUUAUUGGGGGUCAUUUGCUCCCUAACUUUCACCCCUUUGCAGAAGGGGCAAGGAAAAGGUAACAGUGGUAAGACUCGGCCUCACAGGAACAUAACUGCUGUCAGAAUCAAUCCAUAGCUAUCGGCUUGAGUACAGGGUGGUAUAUGCUUAUUAGAUUCUCAAAUGUUAUUCAGCUUGAUUGCAGCUGUUAUACAAAGGAGUUAAGACAUGGGUAGGAAAGAUAAUAGAACUAUAAAUUGCAAGACAGGUUCUUAUGAAAUCAGUAAAUUAUUCAUUUAACAGUUCACUCCUUGUUGAUUUCAUGUUGCUAUGGCACCUAAAGAUGGAGGCGAGUCGGUCCACCAGCCCAACCAGGGGCCUUACACAGAUGCACAAAUCCUGGUGGAAGGCAGAUAAUGCAUUACGUACAACCUUCAACCACAUGAUAAAUUGCCUGUUUAUCUGGCAAAUUCCAAGGAGAUCUGCUGGAGAGAACUGAAAGAGAUAUCUCAGAGUGGCUAACAUUUCUUGGAAGAGACCCAACCGUCUCAGGGUUUGAGUCAGAAUCUGUUUAAGAAGGCAUUAAGAAUACAUUGUCUUGGAGUGGCUUGCCUGUCUCCCGAGAUUGUUGGAAACACCGUGGGCUUGCAGUUGCUUUGGCGUUCACGCUACAGUAAAUGCCUGACUUCAUUUAUUAUUUUGAUGGGCAAAGAACACUGUCUGCUGACAGCCAUGCUCCUUCCUAAGCUCUUCCCAGACUUACUUUUGUAGUCCUUCUCUACCCAUAUACGAUUUGAUUUCUUGCUGCUUGUUAAAUUGUUGUACUUAUGAAAUAUACUGCCGUGGCCAAGUCUAUCAUUCGUUUACAUGGAGUGGAAGGGAGUUUGGAUGCCACAGGAGUCAGAAAGCUGGAUGCUGGUGUUAGCCGUGACUUUGGUGACAGUGUGACCUUGGACAAGUUCCUCCAUCUCUAGGGUCUCAGCAUCCUCAUUUGAAGCAUGAUUGGGCUGUACAAUUUGGGUGGUCCCUUCCUUCUCUAGCCUCCUGAGACUCUGUGCCUCUCACGUGUAUAGAUUCCCUGUUUGUAGACAACAGUGCUGUUAUGGGGACCUCUGAAGGCUAUCUGAAUGUGCCUGCAUUUAGAAAGUCAAGGCCAGACCUCCCAGACGCAUUGGACUAUGGGGACAUUUUGUGUGAGCGAGACUAUUAAGAAUUUAGCAGUUCAUUCUGACAGCUUGAUGGAUGGAGUGGUUUUGCAUGGCAUCAGUGUAGGAAUUGACUAAAAAGGAAGCAUUUUCUAAGAGAGUCCAGCUAGGUGUGCAUGCUGGGAUAUUUUUCUUAAAUCAGAUUUUAAAACUCCUCUGAAAAGCCAGUAACAAUAACCUAAUCCAGUAUCCUUGUAUAUUUGAUUCUACUGACCCUAACAUUUCUUAAUUUCUGCUUUUGGCUUCUGCAGCUUAAUAUACUAAUGAUAAUAAGUAUUAGCGUUGUAUUAGGAGGUAGGUGUUUUUAUCCCUGUUGCAUUAGCUAGAGUCUAGUCGGGAUAGAAACCAUGUUAGUUGAGCUGUUCUUUUCAUAGAGCAACCCUUCUUUAUUCCUUUACUUUCUUAAUAAACUUGCUUUAAAAAAAAAGAAAAGAAAAGAAACCAUGCCCAUUGUUUGUAUGCAGAGGGUUAAACUAAGGAAGUGUUAAUGGGGGUGUAAAAUUAACUAACUGAAAGAGUCAAAAGAAAACUAAGGAACUGGUUCUUCAAUAUUAGGGUGCAUCCGAAUCACCCGUGGGGCUUAUUCAAACACAGAUGACUGGCACCCCCCAAAUUCACAUUUCUAAUACGUUUUCAAGUGAUGCUGAUGCAGCUAUUCUGGGGGUCACGCUUUGAGAACCGCCACUGUCAGGUACCGCGGAGGUAGCAACUACAGGAAGCCACCACCCUUACCCUACCUGGGGCUGAUGAGGGAAAGACUAAAAUUUAGAUGUUUGCAGGAGGAGCCCAAGGCCUUGGAUGAGGGGGUGUGGGCCACUGGUGCUGGUGUCUCUAAGGGAGUUCUGUAAGUUUUGGGAGCAACUGCACACUGGAUUCAGCUGCUGGUGCGGGAAGGCACCUUUACUGCCGGGAUGAAGAUGCAUUGCCAGGGUCAUGCUCACAGGAACCACAAGCCCAUAGGAAGCCCCCAGGCAGCAGAUGGGAGGGAGCAAGACCCUCUUGCUCCUCCAGCCUUCGGCUCUCCCUCUAGCACCCCCUGUUGGCAGAGCCUACUAGGAGCCAGGGCCAAAGCAGAAAUGUAUGUGGUUUGCAGGGUCCCAGCUCUAGUGGAGAACAAGUGUAGAAGGGUGGGUUUGGAGCUGAGAGCUGGUUUUACAGAUGGAGAAACGGAGGCACUGUCCCAAUGUCUCUCAUACUGGGUGGCAGCAGUGGAAUUUGAACCCAGGUAGUUUGGCUGCAGAGCCCUUGUUUAACCCCGGCCUCAGGCUGUCAGCAGAGAGACUGUUCUCUCUGGCUCUCCUUCCUCUCUGAGACUGUUCUUAGCUGUUUCUUCUCUUUCCCUGCCCCUCAAGCCAAUGUCCUUAGGGCUUCCUCCCUUGAAUCUUCUCCCUCCACCUCCACCUCCAGCAUCACCUUUAGGUGAGUGGGUCCACAUCUCUUACUCCUUUUGGGGGAAUGCCAAGCUUGGAGUGAUUUCCUGGACAUUUCACCUGGAAUGUUCUGUAGAUCCCUCAAAUAUUUCUUCCCCCUCGGAGUUCAGUACUAUCUGCCUCAAUAGCUUCCUCUCUUCUGAUUAUUUCAGAUUCUAAAUCUGUUUUUCAUUAGACUGCCUAGUAGUUACCAUGGCCUUCUUUGUACACUUCCCCUCUACCCAGUUUAUCCAGUAAACUGCGAUCAGAGAAAUGGGCCUUAAAAACCAACUAUGUUCAUGCCAUUCCUCUGCUUCCCAUGGCCUCCAAAGGAAUCGGAAGCUUCUCAGAUAGCAGGGUAUCUGUACUGCUUAGUACACGGACCCUCUGUGGAGCAUGCCCUGUGUCCUUUCCCCAGUGCCAGCUUCCCCAGCCCUGGUGGGCUACUCAUGGCCCUGGCUUCUUCCAUCCUCUCUCAGAUCACCUGUGGUUGUACUUGUCACUCUCAUGUCAGCAAUGCCACCUUUUCCACCCCAUCGGAACUCUUACCUGUACUCAAAGACCCAAUUUUAAUGGCACCUGCCCCAGGCAGCCUUCCCUGCCUCUCCCCCGGGGUGAACAUGGUCUCACCUUUCUAUAAACUCCCUUGGGUUUUACCUGUGCCAUUCCUGCACAGGUGAGGCCCUCUGCCCACUGGAAGCUGAGCCUUUGAGCAGAUUCAUGUCUUCUCUGUUUCUGAAUUUCCUAGGGUGCCUCACGAAGGGCCUGCCCCCCAGUGCCGGCUCACUGGAGAGCUGAGUGUUUCCAACUCAAGUUGUGUUCCCAGAGUGGGUUUUGUUUCCCAUUUAAGAACAGCCUUCCUGUCCAGCCUCAAUCAGGCUGGCCUGGACUAUUCUAGUCUUAGGAAAGGUGGCCUAGGUGUGAAGCCACAGGCCACACUGUUGCUUUCAGCAUAUAUUUCACAGCGAGGGACAGCGACCUUCCCCUCCAUUAUCUCUGUUGGGUCACUUUCAUGUCUCCUACAUGGAGAGUGUUAAAUCCUUCAUUUCUGAAGAUCACCUGGUUAAUGUAUGAAGCUUUCUUGGGUCUGUGUUGGUCUGUCAUUUAAUGCUUCUUAUUUGCCUGUGUAUGUAGAAAAACAGAUUCAUUUGCACAGAUAGAAACAAAAGAUGGUGCAGAUGGGAGCCAUGCAUGGAAGGGAAGAAAUACUGAUCUCUGUAAUGCAUCUUCCUCGCGGAACAUGGAGCGGCUCUGGGAAGAAAGGGCCCGUGAUUCAGACAUUUGGGGAAACGUGGGUUCAACGGGCUUCCUUCCCACAGACCUUCACAGAACCUUUAAUAUGUAGUGAUGAGCUUCCUGAAUCUCCAGCUGCAUGCUGUGUUCCUCGGAUGAGGUUAAUUUCACCGCAGGAGUGUCGUUCCAUGGCACCAGUACUCCCUGGAAUGUGCUUGGGGAGAAGUUGCCAUAAUGACUGUGAGUGUCAAAGGGAUGAAGGAAGCAGGAGUUCAGGCUGAAGAUGAGCCAGUGACCCCCUGCUCUGGCCAUGGAGGGGAGGGCAUACCUGGGUGAAGGAAGCCCCUGCAAACGCUUCUGCACCUGUGUUCUGAGUCCACUCCACUCUUGCAGGCCGAGACAGCCCCCACCACACCAGUGCAACAGACCCAGCUUCUCCGCCUCUCUAGGGAAAGCCUUUGGGUGUAUUGCAGGGAGGGGGUCUGUUUCCCCAAGCAGGCUCCUUCCCUCAGUCACCUCCCAAGGAUGCAGUGUCAGAAUAACAACUUCUGAAAUGAGUUUUCUCCACUCAUGCAAGUUGCUUUCUGACUUUGAACACCCCUGUGAGUAGAAGCCGUGUUUUGGCUGCCUGGUUGGUGAAGGAGGAAUAUCACAGGGUUAUUUUUUCUCCUAGCAAAUGCAGACAAUACUCUCCCUCUCAUCAGCAGGUUCACAAGCGUUUGUCUGAGAACCAGAAAUGAAUUUACAAGGGGCUCUCUACUAGCCUUGUGGAAUUAGAGCAGAGAUAUUGCUUUCUUUUCACUUCAGUUAAUCCAAAUGAGCUGAGUCUCCUUUCUAUAGGGAAGGGCAAAACGAAACGAAAACGUAACCCAGCAAAAACAAGGUUUUCUUACUGCCAAACGAGGGCUCCCAAAAUUUUUGUGUCACUGGAAUUAUGAAAGAAACGGUGUUUAUGUAACCUCUCUCUUGCAGUGAACUUGCAAGUGACGUCCUUACAUUUUGUGCAAAUAAUAUAUGAGAUUCAUAUUACCCACUUUGUCAAACUCAUCUUCCAUGUAUGUGUUUGGAAAGCUUAUUCAUUGGUGAUCAGGCAUCUUAUGCUUUUCUUCUGGAUAGGUUGCCUUUUUAGACACUAAAUUCUGAGGUCUGUUGUUAAUUCCAAUUUGGGAGGAUGUAAGUGAUGGCCAUCCCGAGUGUGGGAAGGAGAAAGAAUCAGUUUGCGAGAGCUUUUAUCUCCACCCCCUAGACUCUUUAGUGUCUUUUCAGAGACUUUAGCAUCUUGCCAGACUUACGAAAACUUAGUUUGUCCAGCACUCCACAAGGGCUGCAAAAAGAUAAACCACGCUAUCCAUGUCCUUGCUGGCAGGGAUCACAGAGUCUAGUGGGUGAGAGAGUGACAGAUACCAUAACACAAGACAAGUAUGCAAAGUGCAUGUAAAGUGCUUUGGGAUUGUAAAAGAGAAGGAGAAAGAACCCAGCCAGGUGGGGGGCGGGAAGAGGUGUCAUUUGAGCUUCACUUGAAGGCCAGGCUGUAUUUCCGAAGGCAGAGGCAGUCAGUGUGGCCCUGCGCAAGGGAAGUCCAGAAGUGGGAAGUGCAGGGGGCCGUCAGAUCAGGGGGUGAGUGAGGAGAUUCCCUGAGAGAGAAGAGCAGUACUGUGCUCUGCGGGGCCAGCUCAGAAGACUGCCAAGACAGCAGCUUUGAUGCCAGGCCAGGAGUCCUGCCUGUGCUGUUGGGGGCCAGCCACGUGUUCCACACAGGUGAGUGGCAUGGUCAGAUCCUGUUCCCGUGUGCUUUGUCCUAGUGGUACCCAGGAUGUCGCCAUUCCCAUGCCUCUCUUGUUUCUGUUCUACAUCUCCAGUUGCCAGUCUUUCUAUUGUACCCUAAAAGUACUGCUUACCUCGCUCCUUAGUUGUAUUUCACCCGUUACCUCAUCACUCAUCCCUCAAGUGACAAAACUCUUCUCUUAACUUCCAGCCUUGGCCCCCUCUGGUCCACCCUUUCCAUGCUGUCGGAGGGAUGGUUUUAAGCUGUGCUGGCCAUGUUGUUUCCCUGCUGAACAGCUGGCAGCAGCCCCGUCACCCCCCAGGAAAGCCUGAGCUUCUUGGUGAGGCUGAUGAGGCCCUCCCAGGUGCUCUCUCCAGGCCUCUGCCUUCUCACGCACUCGGCUUUAACCACACCAAACUGGCUGCCCUUCCCCUCUCUUGUCGCUUUAAAUGGGCUGUGUCUUCUGCUUGAAACUCUCUCUGUUUGUGAAUUCCCAGAGCCAUCCCUCAGCCCACAGACAUCUGCAGGUGUGCCAGCUCCCUCCUCCCUGACCCGGUACAUUUGGUUGCGUCUCCCUCCCUCUACUGCCAUAGCACGUGGUGCCCACUCUGUGCAUACGGCCCAGUGCUUUAUGGUUACUUUUUGCCUGCCUGUCCAUCACGUCACUAGAUGGUGAGCUCUUCCCGGUGCCUAGCUCUGUGCGAGGCCCUUGAUAGGCCCCCCAGGAAAUGUGUGUGAGAGGGAUUAGAAGGAGAGAGCUGGAAGGAUGAAGACCCAUUUGGAGUCCAGGGCAGCAGCCCAAGGCACCUUCAUUUGUCCCAAUGAUCAUGCUGGCCCCAGAACGGGCCUCAUUCCUCCAGAGGGUGGUACUAAGAUUACUGGAGAAAACAACCAGGGGCAGCUCAUCGGUAUAUAACAAAACCGGCUCCCCCUCCUCCUCCUCCCGGGAGGAGAUGAUACUUCCAUAUACCCUCAACAUUCGCCUCCUUUCAGCAUCUGUGGAAGCUUGCUUGAAUAAUGGAAGAUAAUCAGCAAUGGUUGAAAUGUCCUAUCUUUGAGCAGGUCUUUUUUUCUUACCACAUGACAUAUUUAAAUACAUAAACAUAUUUAACCCCAUUAACACUUUUGGGCCAAGUGUUUAUGGACUAGGAGACUUGUUCCCCUUAGUUUUGGGGGUAUGAUGGUGAGUACUUUGCACUUUUCAGAGCCAGAAAUGCAGCUUAGAAAUGUGUUCAGAUCCUGGCUGGGCGCAGUGGCUCCUGCCUGUAAUCCCAGCACUUUGGGAGGCCGAGGCUGGCGGAUCACCUGAGGUCAGGAGUUUGAGAUCAGUCUGGCUAAUAUGGUGAAACCCCGAUUCUACUAAAAAUACAAAAGAUUAGCCAGGAGUCUGGCUAAUAUGGUGAAACCCUAAUUCUACUAAAAAUCCAAAAGAGUAGCCAGGUGUGGUGGUGCACACCUGUAAUCCCAGCUACUCAGGAGGCUGAGGCAGGAGAAUUGCUUGAACCCAUGUGGCGGAGGUUGCAGUGAGCCAAGAUCGCACCAUCACAUUCCAGCUUGGGCAACAAGAGCAAAACUCCAUCUUAAAAAAAGAAGUGUUCAGAUCCUGCAAAAUGACAGCACAUUAGAGCUGGCGGUGUGCAGACGCAGUAAGAGGGAAGAUCAGAUGUGCCGGCAGAGAGCUCCAAAGUACCCUUUUCACAAGUGCCUCUCAGUCAGAGAAGAAACACACUGCCAGGAGCCAGGCGGGAGCCAGGCGGUGUCCCAAGGCCUUCACUCUCAGCCCAUGCCCAGAGAUACAGCCCCUCAUGCUCAUUUAUGUGUCAUCAGAGUCAUUAAGGGUCAUUAAGAGCCCUGGGUUCUGGUCGCAGCUCUGUUGCCAACUGGCUGAGUAGACUUCCGCAAGACACGUGGUUUCUGGGGCCCAGGUAGCCCUCAUCUGCCAAAGAAGGGAGUCAGAUAAAAUCUCCAGGAGUACCCCCGCCUCCCAGUUGUGUGAGUUUAUGAAAUAAGCAGGGUAUGGUAUAGGCACAGUGGGGUCUGAUGGAACUUCUCAAGGGAGAGCAUGUCCCUAAAGAGGCAUGCAGAAUCUGGGGUGGGAUAAGAGGGGAGUGAGGCCUGGAGACUUUGGGGGUCCAGGAGCAGGUACUUCCCGCUGCUUGUGGCAAGAGAGGAAGGGAGGGAGACACAGAAGAGAAGGGUGGGUCUGCGAGCAAGGACGAAGCAGCCAAAGGCCCUGGGGUUCUGAGCAUGGGCUUUGGGAUUCUAGGGUGGCCAGGGAGGCUCCUGGCACAGCUAAUUCUUCAGUGGACAGAGGCCAGCGAGGCCAGCUGGUACAGCCCAGCAGCUUUCCGAGAACCUCUGUGGCUUGCAUCCUGGGAGGACUCAGCCAGCACUGGCUCCUCUUCUUCUGUCCUCAGAACCAUCCCCACCUAAUUCCUCCCUGGCACUGCAGACACUGGUGACACAGACACUGGUGACCCAGCUAUCGUGUGCUAUUCAUCCUGGCCGCCCCCACCACCUGCUGGUCUUCUAAUAUGUGUUUACCUUCGGGUUCUCAGAGAAGGGGAGGUCAUAACCCAGCUGGAGUGAGGACCCUGAAGACUUUUACCUCUGCCCUGUGACCACUCCAUUCUGCAGGUGAUAAAGGCUUUGCUAAGAAACAGGACUUGGGGAGAAAGAAGAAAAGCAUUUGUGGGUUAUCUGUAAGUCCAGGUAUCUCUGGGUGUUGUCGUCCAUGUGGGCACUGCAAACUUAAUGUUUUCAUGAUUUGAAGGAAGAGGAAUUCGGAUGAGGAGAGGGUGGUUGGAAAGUCCAGAUCAUGGGCUCUAAGCAUGACUUAUGUUGGCUAUAAAUUCUCAUAGGAAACUCUAAACCAAGAAUGUACCUAAUGGUAACAGACAGUGGACGAAAGAUCAUGGACUGUGAUGCUCUCCCAGGCCAAGCCCUUUAGUCUCCCUGAUCAUGGGGAUCAUCAAUCCUGUCUGGAAGGGUUGCACUGGAGAUGCAGGUGAAAUCGUGGCUGGCUGUGUGAUGCCUGGCACUCAGUAGAUGCUGAUUCUUCUUCCUCCUGCUUAUUUAGCAACAGGCUUCCUUUUAGGCCCCAUGAAGACCUCUCCUUUGUUCUCCUAAGUCUAAUGUGUUUAGAUCUAUUGUUGACACCUUAUGAAAUUUGCCACGUGUCUCGAGGGUGGUUACAGUGCCAAAAGGCUUGUCCUUGGCAGGUACUGUAUUUCAGUUUCUCAAAUCUCCUCUGGCAAGAGUUCUGUAGACAUCCUCUCAUGAGAACCUGGAGAGUUUGGGGGCUACUUAAAUGAUUAGUCACACUGAAGGUAGGGGCUGCUUUGAAAGCGGCCCUCUGUUGACCAGGAAGAGCUUGUGCAUGUCUUCACAAGAGGUCAUGUAAAGCAUGGAUGGGACAACAGUUGUUUGGGUACUUUUGUGUGUCCUGGUUCCCAAAGUAAAGGGAUUAUCUUUGCCAAAGGAGAAAUAUUUGGAAUAAAACACCAUGGCUCAUGUUUCAAGGUAUCCCAGGCCCAGAAGCGAUCAUGAUCUUGGUGAGAUGCCGAUGUUUUGUUUCUGUGGGGCGCAUUAUCAAAGAACUUGGGUUAAACAUUUUAUCCUGCUCCUCAUUUCCUAGCUCCAACCUUCCAGAUUGUGCUGAGUGGCUGACAUGGCUUCUGGAGGGAAUUUUGCAUUCCUCACUGGCUUUACUCCUUUCUUUCCCUCCUUUUUUUUUUUUUUUUUUUCCUUCUUCCUUAGCCAGGGGCAGCAGCUUAGUACUUGGAACCUGCCGCUUAGAAUGGCUCAGACUCCUUGGAGCCAAGGUGCACGCAGGCAGCUUCUGCCAAGCACCUGCCAGGGUUCCGGGGUGGGGAGGGCGGAUGGGAGGUGUCACACUGCCCCUUGUGGGCCAUUGCCUCAUAGCUUGCAGCUGUCCUGGCGCUGGGAUAAAAGGGCUUAUCCUGGAGACCUCGGGAGCAUUCCUGCCAAGCGCACGCAUUGGUCAGUUUACUCGCAUUCUCCCAUGGAGGGGAGUUACCUGCUUCUUCCUAUUUCUGUUUUCUAUUACAAGACCUAAGCCCGGCAGGGGCAUUGGAGAAGACAGGUCAUGGAGUGAAUGAGCGAAGCAACUCUGAGAUUCUAUGGUGUUAACUCUUAGAACACCCAGAUUCUACACAGCUGCAAUUCAGCAGAACAUUGACCCUGGCAGCCAGAGUACUUUUUGGACUAACUGAGGUGCUGGAAAGCAGUCCAGGAGGACACUUGGGGUAGAGGCAGCCAGCCUGGGGUUUGACAUUUGUGGCUGAUAAUAGACCUUGGAUAAAUGGAAUCUAGACAUCUAUGUAUCCUGAUGCAGAGCCCUUGCAGCAGGAGGGUCUUGGCCUUUGGGGUCCUCUUUGGGAGGGCCUGAGGUCAGGUGGGGGUGGACAUGGGCCUGAGUUCAUAGAAGAUAUAAGGAGUUGGGGCAGAGACCAACAGCUGCCAAUCCUGACUUCCGGUUCAGGAAUGAUUGUGCCUUCCUGCAGGAGGAUGGCCAAGACCCUGAUGAUGAUGAAGAUGAUGAUUUUUUCAGAGCCUUCAUGAUUGCUCUAACCAUAGCAUAUGAAGCCACAGUGUGCCUCCUUCCUGCUGUUUGUUCAGCCUUUCUAGCCUGGCAGCUUUGCCUCAGUUUUCCUCCCUGGAUGAUGAAUCUGCAUGGCUGGCCAGAAGGAUGAUGAACAUUACUCUGAAAGUCAUCAUUUUGUACUUUUAAAACUUAUUUUUCUUUCUCUGAGUUCUGUAUUAGUAUUGUAAUUUGCUCCUGAUACCACCUAAAUUGGUUGUGAUUAAAGCUUUUCUAUUUUUCUUUUUUUGUUUAAAAAAAAAAAAAAGCAGAUUUGCUGCCUGGAGUUCACAUAUUAACAAAGAUGAAAAGAUAGUGUCUGAUUUAUAAUGUACUGAAUUGCUUAAGUCUUUCAUUUGUAAUUCUCGACAGUAUUCCUCUAGUAAAGCAAGGCAUCGUUCUGUUGUCAGGGUCUCAGUAAUCCCCAUGAAAAACAGGGGAAGGAUUUGUGAGACAUUCUACACGAGCACUGAAGGCGAUGGACAAACAAAAAUCAGGACAGCGUGAAUUACUCAGUAUCUUUCUUUCCCCACAAUUAUUUUCACUGUGGCACUGCUAUAUUGGGUCAGUCUUCCGGGUCCCUUUAAGGUCAAGAAAUCAGGAGAUAAAAACCUUGAAGCAUUUGACCUGAUCAAUACUGAAGGUUCUCAAAUAGAUAUCUAAGUCUUUGGCAGCUGAUGCUGGAUGGAUGAGGGAAAAACAUAGUUUUUGAUAGGUAUUGAAGAAAUUUCAGCAGUUGCUGAGUACGUGGGGCCUCUCUCCCCUGGGUCUGAUGUGCUGUGUGCCAGUAUGGGGAGGGGUGAGGGAACACCAUUUGGGUUCUCAGUCUUUUUUUUGUGUGUGUGACACAAUUUUGAUCUUGUCACCCAGGCUGGAGUGCAAAGGCAUGAUCUUGGCUCACUGCAACCUCUGCCUCUCGGGUUCAAGUGAUUCUCUUGCCUCAGCCUCCUGAGUAGCUGGGAUUACAAGGACUCGCCACCACGCCCAGCUAAUUUUUAUAUUUUUAGUAGAGAUAGGGUUUUAUCAUGUUGGCUAGGCUGGUCUUGAACUCCUGACCUCAGGUGAUCCACCUGCCGGGGCCUCCUAAAGUGCUGGGAUUACAGGUAUGAGCCACCGUGCCCAGCCUGGGUUCUCAGUCUUUUGUGGAAUAAAAGACUUUGUUCUUCCUCCAUUUUCCAUCGGUUUUCCACUUUGGGGAGAUGAGAAUUUGUUAAAACAGUAAGCCAGCAUAGGAUGGGGUAGGGAAAUGAAGCCCACUGUAAACUCCGUGGGUGCUGAGAAACCUCAGGCUCCUAGGUAGAAGGAGGAAAUCCAAGGUGUCUUUCCAGACGCUGCCCAACUGUGCUACCAGAAUUCUGAGCUCCAGCCAACAGGCUCUAAAGGCCAAGUGGGCACCUUGGAGACCUGAGGAGCAGCCAUCUUUGCUCCAUAUUCUGCCUGUGGUUGCCUUUCAGCUGUUUUGGGAAUGAGAGCUUCAGAACGUUUUAUGUCCUUUGCAUUGUCCAAAGAAAGGUAAAAGGAGAGAUUGCUGUUUACACUGGGGAUUUCUGAAGUGUCUCAUGAUAAAAUCUGGUUGCAUAGUUGAUCUUCAGCAAAAGAGGAAGAGAUGAAUGAAGUUGCUGUCCUUGCUUGCAAUCUCCCCAUCCUUUUAUUAUUUGGUUGUUAAGUGUGGUGAAAAUAUCAUUAAAGAGGCCGGCCAUUCUGGUCCCAGUCAAGGAACGCUCGCCACAGGGUAGUCCUUGGCCGGCGGAGAUCCAGCCCAUAUGGGUGCCAUUGCUGUACCUGUGGGUUGUAAUGUUUUAAGGAGAUUCUGUUCAGUUGCCCUCCAACUAGAUGAAGGCAUUCCAGAUCACAGGGUAGGCAGGAAACAGCUUUGAGCUGCGAGAUGAUCUUGUCUCCUAGUCCGGGAAAGGAGUAUUAGAGAUCAGAUCGUCUCAUCUACCUGUGGUCAUUAUUAUUAAAACCUUCUUCAGCUGCCCAGACCGCAGCCGGAGGUAUGCCCUGCUGUUCUUCCCCUUGGGGCCAUUUUCGUGUGGGCGUGAAAGUGAUUGACAGGCUGUGAAGUACCUGUCCCAGCAUCACCCGGCACUGUGAGGUAGGCUGAGCAGGGAAUAUUUGAAUUCCCAUUAUACAGAUGAAAACACUGGUGCUCUGCAGAAGUUAAGUGGUUGGCAUGAGCCAAGGAGCUGGCACUGCAGGACAAGUCUCCCUGCUACAAAUGAAGUGCUUUUGGUCCCUCGGGGUUCUGCCUCUGGUCACUCUCUACAUGGCAGAAAUUUUACUAGCACGUUCGUCUUCACAACCACUGGAUGUGAUAAGGCAGUGAGGGUUAUUACGAUACCCUUUUCACAGAUAAGGAAACAAGGCUCAGAGAGGUUAAACAGGGUCAUAAUUCUUCUUGUCAGAGAAUUCAUUUUGUUAUAUUUCAUUCCCACCAUCUGCAGUAAGGGAGAGCCAUUAAAAUAUAGUAUCCUGACUUUUAAAGAGCAGCUAACAUUAAAGCCAGGAGGUUUAUAAUUUGCCCAGGUUGAUUGUGGGCUCCUGGAUUCCCGUGCCCAGCAGCCUUCGUGAUGCAGCAGUGCCCCACCAGAGCCUAACGUUUUGAUUCUUUUUUGGUGUCAGGAGACAGACUGUGGGCCUGGAGUGGGUUUGGGGGCUGGAGAAGUAGAGGAGGUGGAGGUUCUAGAAGAAGGGUACAUUGUGGUGGUAAUAAGACCAAUAACUACAUAAGGACCUGCGUUUGGUCUUGGCAGUGAAAAUUGAAUCUUUAGCCUUAUAGGGAAUUUUGUUUUUCUCCAUAAAAUAACCUGCGUGGAGCACCUCUGUGGUGCUGGGCACCAUUCCAAUUGCUUUUGCAUCUGCUAUUUAAUCCUCUCGGCAAUGCUGCAAGGUAGGUAUCUGCCACUUUUAUCCUCAAUUGAGGAACUGAGGCUCAGUGAGUUGAAGAAACUUGUCCUGGACCACACAGUUGGUCCAUGGCCAUGCCACAUGGUCAUUCAGCAAAUGCCGAACACACACUGUAUGCCAGGUACCAUGCUGGGCAUCAGGGAUGAAUCGGUGAAUAGAACAGAAACAAGUCCCGGGCAUGACAGAAGUCAACUCAAGUGAAGGGAGACAUCGGAUAAAUAGCAAAUGUAAUAAGAAAGAAAGAAAAUUACCCAGCACAGUUAGAAAAUGGUAGGAACCACUUAAAAAGACGAUAGUGGAAUACAGGCUAAAGGCAGUGAGGAAGUGCCUGGAGCGGGGUGCAAGUUUACAUCAGCUGGCUGGACUGGCCGCCCGGACCUGGCUUGGAGGAGGUGAGGGAGUGAGCCCCACAGGAUGUCUGACUUGCUGCUCUCUCUUUAGAAAGAAAGGGAGGCUCAGCUAUCGGGAAUGAUUUGGUCAGGGUUACCCACUGAGUUAGUGUCCAAACCCAGUCAGGAUCCCAGGGAUCCUCAUAGCUGCUCUAGAAAGCUUCACUUGAGCUGGGCGCAGUGGCUCACACCUGUAAUCCCAGCACCUUGGGAGGCCAAGGUGGGCAGAUCAUGAGGUCAGGAGCUCGAGACCAGCCUGACCAACAUGGUGAAACCCCGCUGGGUGUGGUGGUGGGCACCUGUAAUCCCAGCUACUCAGGAGGCUGAGACAGGAGAAUUGCUUGAAUCUGGGAGAUGGAGGCUGCAGUGAGCCGAGAUGGUGCUACUGCACUCCAGCCUGGGCGACAGAGCAAGACUCUGUCUCAAAAAAAAAAAAAAAAAAGCUUUACUUGGCUUCUCUGUUUUCCCUGCACAUCUCUGACCUGGAUCUCUUGACAAGUCAGUCUCCGUGUCCAAGUCUUCAUGUCUGCCUUCCAGCCUCUUCCGCAGCCUUCCGCUGUCGUGGCAUUGAUUCCUGGUGGUUCCACCCUAGCCCCCAAACCUUCUCUGUCCUCAAAAGUCCCGUAUCUCUUCUGUCUUUAGAUAAACAUGCAUCUCUUCACCCCAGCAUCCCAGCGCCCUGAGUGGGGAAUUAAUGCUUUUUUAUUUGAAGAGAUCGGCUGCUGUCAUUUUUGAUAUCUUCUGUUUUUGUAUGCGGGAACGCAGAGCACAAUUAGAAUACAGUUAUAUAUCCUCACAGUUAUUAAAGCUUGGAUUAACAUGACAUAAAGUUUUGUCUAGGGAGUCUUUUGCUAUGGCUCAGGGAGCAUUUUUUGUGACAGUAAUAGGCUACAGUUAAUAUACUUGAAUGAUACUAGAAUCUGUGUUAUAAGGCAGAACAAAAGGGGUUUAUCUGAAGCUGAAUUACAAAGGUGGAAUUAUCACUGCGAACGAUCCACAGAGAUCUGGGCUUAAUUAUUGUCGCUUGUGUCAUUUCGGCAUAAUACGGGUAGUUACUGGAGCAGAGUAGAAGUGCGGGAGGGCCAGCCUGUCAAUCACCCGGUGGAUGCCAGGGCUCCCACCCCUUACACUUAGCACCACGCCAGCCGUGUGCCCUACAGAUCCACUGGAAUAGAGACCUUUUGCCAUUCAUGGCUAUGUGGUACUUUCAGGUUUUUAAAAGUGCUUUAAUCACUCCCCUGUCCUUCCUGCAACCCAGUCCCCAUCUACCCAUUUAGGUCCUUUGCCCUCUUGGCCCUGUCCAACCUUCCAGGAGGCCGAUGAAUGGUCUUAAACACCGAUGGCAUUUUCUCAGCCUGGGGAGGCCGCCACCGCCUUCCAGAGCCUAAUUGUUUUGACAAGCAGAGGAGGCAAGCUAAUGUGCUCUGUCAGCCGUUUGGUCACAUUUGGUCAAAGCCAGGUGUCUGGCUGCAAAUAGGUGCAAUCAGGUAAACUGCUUCCCCCUGUGCUCUGGGCGGACAGAGUGCCCAGGAGGCAGGAGUGCCUUGGGCAGCCGUUCCCCAUCCCUGGCUCCAGUGUGCUCAUUGUCAUCCCAGGCUCGAGUCCAGUCCAAGGGUGAAGGAUGGGAACAAGACAGUUCAGCACCUGAAAAGGGCAGGGCACCCAGAGGCUUUUAGAAAUGAGGUUACAUUUAGAGGGACCCUUACUAUUUUUAUUGUCAUUUUUCAUUAUCCACCUGCCAGGUGUACAAUUACAGCUUGUUUUGUUGUUGGCUAAAUUCACCUGUCCUCCUCGCCUCCCUAGAGGUAGUUACUGGAGCAGAGUAGAAGUGUGGGAGGGCCAGUCUGGUCAAAGUGUUUCUAUUGGACCCUUCAAUCUUUUUUCAAUAUGGACUUUCGCUCUUGUUGCCCACACUGGAGUGCAGUGGUGGGAUCUCGGCUCACUGUAACCUCUGAGUUCAAGCCAUUCUCCUACCUCAGCCUCCUGAGUGCUGGGAUUACAGGUGCCCACCCAGCUAAUAUUUGUGUUUUCAUUAGAGACAAGAUUUCAUGGUGUUGGGCAGGCUGGUGUUGAACUGACCUCAGGUGAUCCACCUGCCUCAGCCUCCCAAAGUGCUGGGAUUAUAGUUGGGAGCCACUGCACAGUCCAGGCAUGCUGAUGACAGCUCCAGGCCUGGUGCUCCCAUGGAGGCCUAGGGAUUACUUUGGACACCACAUGUCCCAAAUACUCUUCAUACCAGGAGACCUGGUCCUUGGUACAUUACACCCCACUGGGCUGGGGUAACAGAAAGUGGGAGCAAUGAUCUCAAAUUCAAUUAGUGCCAAAGGAAACAAGUGGGAUUUUCUUCACAUCUCCCAUAUAAUAAAUGAGAGAACUGAUCCUGCACGUAAGGGAAUUCCAUGCUGAAGGACAUAGGUUCACAGCAGAUCUCUUCCUAGUGGCCUUCCCCUUAAAAAGUAAAUAUCCAUCACCACUUGCCUUUCUAUUGCUAUGAUGAUUUAAAAGAAGAGUUGGUUUUAAUUAGAAUAAACAUGGUAUUUUUCUUGCUGCAACAAGGCCUUCAAAGGGGAAAAACACUCUCAAUACCCCAAUUAUGCUAAAGCAUUCCCAGUCCUAUCCAGGAGUAAUUAAAAAAUACAGCUGACGCUUGUUCUCUCGCUUGUUUUUAAAUGAAUAGCUAAGUAUCUGUCAAGAUGAUGAGCGCCUAGGCCGCUGAUGGCCUUACCAUCUCAAUUUGCUCCCAGGAACCACAGAGAGGAGGGCACGAAAGCUGUUGUUUUGAACUGUGAGGCACUUGGCCACCCCAGGCAGGCACGUUUUGUGGUUGGUGGAGAUCAUCUCCCCCACCCCAGUACCAAAAUGUGGAUAGAAGGCCAGGCUGCAUGUCCACAUUCUUAUGCCUGCAACGCAUCUUUUCUUUCCCUUUGGGCAGCUGAAGUGGCAUCUUCCUGUGCUGCGCAGGGCACUCAGCUUCUCUGCAGCAUGUUUUGAGGAUUGUUGCGUAGAAUUAGCUUGGCUUUGUUGGAGGAAAUCCCCUAGUUGCAAUUCACUUUUUAAUUAGUUCAUGGAACCUUUAUUUCUAAAGGAUGCCACCAAGUGAAUUGAGAAGUCAUUUUCAUAUUGACACCAUUUGGUGGCAAUUGGGCUCUUUUUCCUCAAGCUAAGGGCAAGGUUGGACGCAGUGGCUCACACCUAUAAUCCCAAUGCUUUGGGAGGCCGAGGUGGGUAGAUCACCUGAGGUCAGGAGUUCAAGACCAGCCUGGCCAACAUGGCACAACUGUCUCUCUACUAAAAAUACAAACAUUAGCUGGGCAUGGUGGCACAUGCCUGUAAUCCCAGCUACUUCAGAGGCUGAGGAAGGUGAAUUGCUUGAAUCUGGGAGGCAGAGGUGUCAGUGAGCCGAGAUUGUGCUAUUGCACUCCAGCCUGGAGUGACAGAGUGAGACAGUGUCUUAAAAACAAAACGAAAAACAGCUAAGGCCAUUUCUAUGUGGAUUCUUCUCACUCCACCCACAAUACAUGUAUCUUUCUAAAGACAAAAUCAAGGGCAGACUUGAAAAAGAAAUAAUCAUAAAACUUACAAUAGCAUUUGGAGUUCUUAAUAUUUACCCAUCAGUUUACAGGAUGUUUUUAUAUGUGUGGUGUUCCAGUUAUCUAUUGAUGCAUAACAAAUAACCCAAAAAGUUUUUGGCUUAAAACAACAGCAAUCAUUGUGUUAUUUCUCGUGGUUUCUAUGGAGCAGGAAUUUGGGAGGGUCUCAGCUGAGUGGUUCAGGCUGGGAGCAUCUCAUGAGGUUGCAGUCAGACAUGAGGUUGCAGUCAGACAUGAGGUUGCAGUUCUAGUGGCUAUAACUAGCACAACAGGGGGCUGACCAGGUAUCUCUCUCCACGAGAUCUCAGGACUUCUCCACAUGGUCUCUCUGCAUGGACUGGCUUGAGCUUCCUCACAUCAUGGCUGCCUCAAGCACUCAAACACCUUAUAUAGCAGCUUAAGGCUGGAGCACAAGUGUUUCUACAAACAAGGCAGAGCGUGUUCACCUUUUUUUGACCGCACCUCAAAAGUCAAACCACACAAGUGAGUCUCAGACUCUCAACUAGAAUGAAGGGGAGGGGACCUCACCUCUGGAUUGAAGGUGUAUUGAGGUCCUAUUGUAGAUAGCAUGUGGCACAGGGGAGCUACUGUGGCCAUCUUGGGAGAAUACAGUCUGCCACAUGUGGUCACUUUCAGACCUACUCAGGAGGGGUAGGAGGUCUUAUUAUCACUAUUUUACAAACUGGAAACUCAAAGCCAGAGAGGUAAAGUAAUUUGCCUGCGAUCACUCAGUUCUUAAGUGGAUAUUAGAACUCAUAUCCUGAGGGAUGUGAGAAAAGGGGAAAGAAGGCAGCGCCAAUUAGCUUGUCCAGGUGACAUUUGGGGGCAGGUGGGACUCAGUCUACACCUCACAUCUCUCGUCGGCACCAUAUGAGACAAGUUGCAUCUUUUUUUUUUUUUUUUCUCUUUCAUAGGCUCUUGAGUGCAAGGAGGGGAGAGUCAGGUGGGGUGGACUAGUAAGAGGAGGGGCAAGCUCUGGAGGAAAGAGGGUGGGCAGGUGUCUGCCUGGUACAGCAGCUAGUUUCUUACAGCCACUGUCAGGAGAGGAAAGCCACCCGGGUCUGUAGGGUGUGUGUGUUGACCAGGCUUUACCCAGAGUCUUGUCCAGUCUCUUCUGAAGGCCAGGGCACUCAAUACAGGACAAGUCCAGCUCUGGUCCUUAAAUGAGAAGACUGGUCGGGUGUGGUGGCUCACACCUGUUAUCCCAGCAUUUUGGGAAGCUGAGGCAGACAAAUUGCUUGAGCUUAGGAGUUCGAGGCCACCCUGUCUCUAUCAAAAAAACAAAAUAAUUAGCUGGGCCAUGGUGGCAUGUGCCUAUAGUCCCAGCUACUUUGGAGGCUGAGGUGAGAGGAUCACUUGAGGCCAGGAGAUCAAGGCUGCUGUCAGUUAUGAUUGCACCACUGCAGUCCAGCUUGAGUGACAAAGCAAGACCCUGUCUCAAAACAAUUAAAAAAUAAAAACUAACCAACACGAAUAAUAAUAAUAAUAGCAGCAUCAAGAGCCUGUACUUCCUAUGUUUUUCCAUCUGUGCAAAUGCUCUGUCACACCAUCUCAUUUCACCUCAUUACAUUCUCCCAUAAAGAACAUUCUGUUACCUGGGGUUCAGAGAGUAACUUGUUCUAUUGCUCACCCAAGAUUGCAGUGUGGUUCCUGAGUGUAAGGUGUGAAGCCAAGUCUCUGGUCCUUGGGCUGGAGCCCUCAACUUCCCUGCUAGGGUCCCAGUUGACCACUGCAGGGCCUUAGUCUAGGGGAAUGGCUGGACUUAGGACAUCUGCAGGAGUGUUUGCUGUGUUGAGUUGAGCCCCUCUGCCAGAUGUGUCAAAACAAAUGCUUUUGUAUGUUUCCGCCUCACGUGCUCAGCCAGAAGCUCUUGUUUUAUCAUCUAGUUGAGACUGAGGGGAGGAGGCUUCAUCAAUAAGGACCUGACUCACUCUCCAUCCCACGGCCCUGGGCCAGGCCCUGUUAGCUCUCAGAAAGGCAGCUUAGUCCUCAAAGGUGGUCCUGCCUCCAGGCUGCCCCCACCCCAGCCCCUAGGUCUGUGCACAGAAUAUUGUUAGAUUGAUUUUUCCAAGUCAUCUCUCAGUGCCUAAAACAUUCUGGCGUGCUCAGGGAAGUUCUUUGGAAUGACCCAAUGAACAGCAUGUGUGCUGAUUCAUCUCCCCUCACUAUUGUCAGGGUGAGCCCAAGUUCAGCUGUUGGCAAUGAGACAGACCUAGAACAGCCCCCAUUCCUGGAGAUCUUACUUACAGACCCUUUAAGAGAGCCUACCCUUACAGACACAGUCAUUACAUGUCUUGGGUUUUUCAGGAAGAUUUAGAUUUUCUGUGUCAGAUGAGAUAUUUAAGAUAACUCCAGUCACUGCGUAGCCCUGCAGGGCAACCAUUUAUUACAGGUCUAUUUCAGUUUUUGAAACUUACAGUAGAGACAGUUGCUGAGUUGAAGCCCUCAGAGCUCACCUCCAGGCUGCAUAGCCAGUUUCUAGGAGGGUCCUGGGUUUCAAGAGCAAGAGAUCCCUCUCAUCCUUCACUUCCGGGCUAUAGGCAAGUACAGAGUACAAGGUUCAGAAGGCCCACCAGCAAUCUGGGGGCUCUCCAAGUGUCCUCUAGAAAGGAGACCCCAGGGGAGAGAGAAUGAGUUGGGGCAACCAAGAGGAAAAGGGGUAAGAAUCAUGAUAACAUUUGUAGAAUAGUCUAUGUGCAUUGGGCAUUUCAUACUUGACACCUGGUUCUUUACACAUUAAAAUAUGGGUUUAACUUUUCUCGUCUUACAGGCUACAUGGUGCAGAGUUUAAGAGCCCAGGCUCUGGGGUCUACUGUUGGGUUUAAAUCCAGGUUCUUCUCCUCAUAAGCUGGAUGAAUUUAGCCAAAUUGCUCAGCCCUCUGGAUUUCCGUUUCCACGUGGAUACAUGGAGAUGAUGAGAAUAGUGCCUCCUUUGAAGGUGUAAUGUGAGAAUUGAACUAGAUAACUUUGUGAAAUGCCCAGCAUAGUGUCAGAUCUACAGUAAUCAUGUAAUAAGAAUUAGCUGCUAUUGUUAUUGUUUGAUGGUUAGGGACCGAGAGAAUGAAGAAGAUGGCUCUUAGAGAUGUUAAAUCACCAGUCAGUAUUCUGCCCUGGAGGAAGGUCUGGGCUCUAGAGUUAAGCCUUCUACAGCUAAUGCCGGGCCAUUGCUGUGAUCAGAGGUCCUGAUAAGGCUGUGUGUGCAGAGGUGCAUGAUUUUGGAGCCGGCCACCUGCCCUUCCCCGGCACUGUUACAUAUCUGGGCUCUGCUCUGACCUUACAGCCCACCAUCCAUGGCCCCGAAGUGGUCUUAGGAGCAGACAUGCAGCUGGUAGAUUGGGUCUGGGCUCUGGCUUGCUCACCAAACCCUGAGCUUCUGUUUAUGACUAAUUGCUUUGUUUGUUCUGUGUGAGACACUUAUUUUUUUUUCCAGUGAUUUACUCCUCUUUGUAAUUAGGUGUAGUGAUUAGAAUCUUGUUCCUAUUACAAUGGAGUUUUCCUUUUAAUUCAUGCACAUUCACCGGGCCUAUCUCCGUCUGUUCCAUUGAUUGUCCCCAGUUGGCUUUUCCCAAGCUGUCGUAUAAAUCACGGUUCAGGGGUGGCUUAGAGACUGAUGCAAGUCCAAAGAGUCAAAGACAGCUGACGGGGAGUUUUGUUAUAUUCAGCUACCCAAUAGUGCUACAUACUUAAGGAUGACGUCUCAGUAAAUCAGGGCACAAGGAGUUGGCAAAUUACUUUAAUAAGUGUUCCUUACUGUAUCUUCUCUAUGUAAUUUUUUAAAUUAAAAAUGUUAUUACACACAUGUACGUUUUCCUAGGAAAAGGUCUGGAAAAUAAACACCGAUGUGUUCA